CCUGGAUGGGGUAGGAGGGCUGGAGUGAUCUGUUAGUUUUGCAGCCUGUGAGCUCAUUUCCUGCCAGAUCUGUCCAGAGAUCACCCAAGUGCUAUCUGUGGGCAAAGCUUGCAGCUCCGACUGAAACAUGUCUUCCAACUCCAACCUGAGCUCCAUGCAGAGACUGGUGGAACAGCUGAAGCUGGAAGCUAGUGUGGAGAGGAUCAAGGUAAAUGGUCUCAGCUGAUGUUCAUGGAGGGAGACUGCUCUGUGUUUAACGGUUUAAUGCCAGAGACGUGUUGCAUCACUCGGGGUAGCAGCACCUACAGCCAGUAAAGGUUAAUGGAACCUAACAAAUGUAUCUGAUGUACUUUGUAGCAAGUUUAAAGUAUUCUACUAAGCCACCGAAAGUGAUGGAGUGUAUCAGCAACUUAUCAGUAGCAUUGAGAUACUAUACUUUGAGUUACUGCUUAAAGUUUAACCCAAUGAGUGCCAGAGGCUACCCACAUUAUGGCGCCUUACAAUCUGCCUGGCACUCUAUGGCCAAAUAUCUUAUAUGGUACAAAGAAUUAACUGCAUAAUCAACACUUUUACCCACUUUCCUGUGCAUGGUACCUAUAGGGUUAAAAAUAUUAUACACAUCUGAUGGAACUGGAUACUAACAUGUAGUAAUAAUAAUAAUUUUGUAAAUUUGGUUUAAUUAUGUCAGCAAAACUAUUGCGGUUUACAAAAAAUAAUCGUCUCGAUUACUAUUGAUUUAUAUUCUGUAAUAUAUAAAAAAAAAUGUAUUGUGGUGAUCUAUUAAACUGGUGUAAGCAUAUAGUCUUAAUUGUAUUAUAGCAGACUUAGCAACUUGUUAACUAUCAAAUAAUUAGCAGGCAAAUGUGUGUUUGUGAUGGAAAUUGAUAACUGAUCAUCUGAUAUUGUUUUUGUUAGGCUACUGUAGUCUUUCUAAAAGAUAAAUGUCUUAUGGUUUGUGCCUCCAAUUCUUUUUUUAAUAUUGAAAAGGAAGGCUGCUUCAUAGCUGUAUAUGGUAUAGUGAUGUGAAUGGCACCCAGAUUAUCAUCUUUCAACAGUUUUACUGUAGGGAUGUCAUUGACAUUUUUCCCAAAAAAUGAAUUCUGCAUUCUCUUAGGAAGAGAAUUAACUAAUCACACUUGGUAUGCUAACAGAUCAUCCAUGGUUGUAUAAUGGAGGAUUCAGUAUUUUUGUUAUAUAUUAAGAAUGCUGCCCUGCAGUAUAGCUAACCUACAUAGUGUAAGAGGAAAAUCAGACAACUGAUCUGCUCGGGAAUAUUCCAAAUUAAGUAAUUUAUAUCCUAUAGCAUAUGAAUUCUACAUACCACAAUGUUAAACUUGUCAUUUGUUGCCAAUCCGAAUUUAGCAGUGCUAUGUAUCUAGAAAAUAUUGUGGGUCUGCCAAUCCUAUGUGGAACUUUGUGCUCAGAGUGGGCAGUGUACUAGUCUAGACUAGUCUGGUGUGGGUGGGUUUUGCUGCACAGAAAAUGGUACUCAAUAUGUGGCUGAUGGAAGUAAUGGAGGAUGUUUUAUUUACCCCUAUCCUUUGAUAAAAAUACUCAUCGGUGAUAAGGUGGGGUAAAAGGAGGUAAGAGAGUUCAGAAUUAAAUGAAUGUAUCCUGACAUGUAAAGUAUAGGCAAGAAACUAGACUAGAAAAAUAAAAAACUGAAUACACUCUAGCAGUUGUUAAAGUGGCCAGGCUUAUUGAAAUACUUAGGUAAACAAACAGAGUGAGGCUUUGUGUCUAGAAAGUCAGGAUUAGAGUAUGAUCCAGCACGUAGAAUUGUGUAACACAGAGGACUGAUAGGUAACAUAUACCAGACCUUAGAAUGGCCGGACUAACGUACCAAAGAAUAGUCAGGAAUAGUCAAGGUCAAGGGACACAGAAAGAGACACCGCGAUAAGGAAAAGCCGGGGUCAGGGAUGCCAGGAAAAAGGGAAGUCAAAAUCAAUGUCAAAUAACCAGAAUCAAUAACACGCUCUCAGACAACCACAAGCCAAACCACAACAGGGCACUGAGCAAGAGGAGAAUUGGGCCUAAAUACCCCGCCUGUGGAUCUGAUUGGUUGUAACCGGCCUUUGACUCCAAAGGCAGUUACCAGGUUUCUAUUUGCAUGAUUGCUGCUCAGCACAAACUCUCCUGUGGAUUGAUUGCUGCUCGGCACAACUUUUCCUGUCAGGACAGCAAAUGGCAUUAAUCACAUUUUUAUGUGCAGAUGAAUACGUGACAGAACCAGCUACUGUUAAGGAACCUGAACGUAUAAAUUAAAAAUAAUAGGCAGAUCAUAAACUCUGAAGGUCAGAAAAUGAAAGAACGAGCCAUGCCACAGGAACCCCAAAUACCCACAAUUAGCCCCUUACACGUUACAUGUUCAGGAAUGGAUAUAGAGUAUACAGGUUUACUUUCUGAUUAUUAGGAGGUUCAAGUUUGCCCCAAAUUUCUUUAAUAACCUCAUAUCCUAUAGUACAGGAAGAUUGAAGGGCAUAUAUGUGAAUUCCUGCCUUUAUAUUCUGUAAUAUUAAACUAGCAUCACAUGUGUUGCCCAUACUGGGAUAAAACUGUCUUUGACAUCCCACUGGGUGUUUUAUUUAAGUAAAACUGGAUGGAUCAUUAUUGCAUCUUAUAUAUUUACCUAUGAUAAAUUACAUUAUCUGCAUCUUCCAGGUUUAGAAGCACGGUAUUGUGUGGUCCAUCCUCUUUAUUUUCUAAUUGUUGGUUUCUUUCGUUUGCUUACAUUCCUAAUAGGGUGAUAUAGAGAGCACAUGUAUAAUGGUCACUAGAGAAUUUAACGUAGACAAAGCAUUCGGCUUUUACAAUAGCACAUUGUGAUCAAAGUAUUUCACUCUCACACUGUGGAUCUCUUUCUUUUAGCUGACACAAUAAUUUAAUUGUUUGUGUAGUCCACCCUCCAGGCAGUGUGUGCUCUGAAUAAUGCAUGACUUUUAUUGAAUGUUUCUCCCCUACAUUUUGACGACUAUUGAUUCUGUUUGUGUUGUAGGAGGAACGAGCUUGACAUUGUUAGGGAAAUAUAUUGAUGUUAAAGGAAAUAUGUGUGUGAUGUAAAAUGCAAUGCUCCUAGGUCUCUGUGGUCCUGGUGGCAUGAUGGUAGCUGUACAUUCUGUGGGGGAUUUAGAAAGAGUAAAAAUAAAUCUGGAGAAAAGUUAUCACAGAGGAUCAAUCACUGUGGAAACCAAUGGAAUCAACAGGAGGAGAAUAUCAGUGUUUGAACCACUUUAAUAACAUUAUGUAGUUUCCUGUCAGCAAUAAUGUUUUACACCUCCAACCAUGUCUCAAUUUUCCAUAAAUAACCCCAUCCUUUGCUUGUUUAGGAUCUAUCUAGGGCAGUGAUAACAUUUUUGUUUAAAGGAACACUAUAGGAUCAGGAACACAAAAUGUCUUCCUGAACCUAUAGUGUUAAAACCAUCAUCUAGUCACCCCUGCCCCCCUAAAUAUUAUAAAAUCAUACUUGUAUUCAAGUCUGCAGCUGCUUACUGACAUCAUCAGAAGUGAUAGCCUGAGCCAAUCACAAUGCUUUCCCAUAGGAUGGCUGAGACUGUCAAGGAGGCAGAUCAGGGGCAGUCAAACACAGUUUUGGCCAAUCAGCAUCUCCUCAUAUUGAUACAUUGAAUCAAUGCAUCACUAUGAAGAAAGUUCAGUGUCUCCAUGCAGAGGGUGGCCAGGGAGUUAUGUAAUGUAAACACUGCAUUUUCUCUGAAAAGAUAGUUUUUUACAGCAAAAAGCCAAAAGGGAAUGAUUCUACUCAAAUACAAUAAGCUGUAGUUGUUCCUGUGACUAUAGUGCCCCUUUAGUUAACACAUUGAGACAUUUUCAUGAGAUUGUCUGUUCAUCCUUUACAUUUAUAUUAAAUAUUUAGCAAAUUACACCAUAAUCCAAUUUGGACUAGGCAAAUACUGCAAAAGAGGAUGAUCUUUUUUCCAUAAAAAUUUGUUCAUUUAUACAUUGAAUUUUACUUUUCAUACCUGACAAAUACAUAUUGAUGAAAUAUAUAGGGAUAAGUAAGCAUAAAAUUAAUAGUCCCAGGUAGUGACAUUUUCCCUUUAAUUCACAGAAAAAUCAUGUGCCAGUGCAGGCCGCAACUCCUGUAUUCAAGUGGCCUGGGGAGGGGCCGGGAUGCAUUUGAGCCACUGGCCCUUUUUUCCAGCCCUCUUCUUACUGGAUGAGAAAACUGAGGCCAGAACUAUUACGUAGUAUUUUAAAUAACACCAUGAAUUACUGAUACGAAGAGUGCUUUAUUGCUUUGAAGCCCAGGAAUAUAUAUAUAAUACUCCUACAUACCAAAUAAUAGAAUAGCAGAGCAAAUGGAUAUAGUUUCAAAAUAGGCUCGGCCUCUGCUAAAAAGAGACAAUUAGAAAGUAUAUAUUACUUUUAAUAUAAUUUUUUUUUUUUUUUAAUCCUAGCUGGAUUUAUCACCUUUUUUUGUUUUUAAAUUUCAUUUUACUUUGGUUGUUAUUUUUAUUUAUAAUUUGUUUCUACUACAUUGAAAUUCACAUUUAGAAAUGUAUGUAAUAUUAAAUAUGAUGAAAACCAAUAAAACCAGAUACAAAAAUAAAAUUCCAUAACUGCCAACAUUCUUGACAUCCCCAAAAAUUUACAAAUUAAAAAAAGAACAAAACUGCCCUAAAGCAACAUCCUGUUCUAACUCUAAACACACCUCCUCACGAAGCACGUGGAAUAUGUGCUUCCAUGAGUUUUAAACAAAAUACGCAUUUCUCAAUGGAGAGCUGCUAUUCUCUUAUCAGAGUUAAGUUAUGUCUUUGAACUUAAAGGACCACUAUAGGAACCCAGACCACUUCAGCUUAAUGAGGUGGUCUGGGUGCCUGGUCCAUCUAGGGUUAACCCUUUUUUCUAUAAACAUAGCAGUUUCAGAGAAACUGCUAUGUUUACCUAUGGGUUAAUCCAGCCUCUAGUGGCUGUCUCAUUGACAGCCGCUAGAGGGCUUCCGCUCUUUUCUCACUAUGAAAAUCACAGUGAGAGCACGCCAGCGUCCAUAGGAAUGCAUUGUGAAUGCUUUCCUAUGGACUGGCUGAAUGCGCGCGCAGCUCCUGCCGCGCAUGCGCAUUCAGCCGAAGAGGGAGGAGAGCUCCCUGCCCGGUGCUAGAAAAAGAGGUAAGUUUAACCCCUUCCUCUCCAUCCAGCCCGGCGGGAGGGGGACCCUGAGGGUGGGGGCCACCUCAGGGCACUAUAGUGCCAGGAAAACGAGUAUGUUUUCCUGGCACUAUAGUGGUCCUUUAAAUUAUCUGUUAUCUUGUGGGUGUGUGUAUGUUGUAGCCAUUUUAUUCUAUAUUUAUUAUUUAAAGGAACACUCCUCUUAUAUUAGUUAUAGUGCCUGGAGUGCCCUUUGUCAAGAAUGGUUUUACAACAUACUUGGGUCCCACUGUGUCCAGGCAUCAGAUGAUCACUCUGUGUGACUGAGCUCGGCCCUGUAUAACACCAUGCUAAGGUCAGGGUAGAUAUGGCAUGGGAGCCCUGGGUUCAAGGUAAGUUCUCAAACUGUUUCUAAACUUUACUCUGAAAAGGUGCCUGGCACCAUAACCACUACAAUGGGGUACAGUGGUUAUGGUACUUUCAUUUAUUCCUGUAACUUAAAAUACAUGUAAUAAUAUCUGUGAACAUUUUCACUAUGAUCUAAAGUAGUAACACAUUCAGGCAAAUAAUAUACCUGUGCAGCAGACAGUAACCUUUCAACUCUUUUCCUUCUUUCUUUGAACAUUUUCUUUGAGCAAUAUUACCGGUCCAUAGAAUAGCUGGAUGUAAAGGGAAUCUAUAGUGUUAGGAAUAGAAAGUUAUAUUCCUAACAGCAUAGUGCCCUCUGACCCCCCUUCCCCCACCACUCUAUCACAUCCCCCCUGCCUCGGCACACUAAGGGUUAAAAACCCUUUUAUAUACUCACCCAAUUCCACCACCAAUGUCCCUUGGCUCUGGGUUGUGCCUGCCUCCUCCGAUGUUAUCUGACGGGGGACCUAAUGCACAUGAGCGCAUGCAUGAGGCCUUUCCCUUUUGGGAAAGUAUUGAUUUCAGUGUUUUCCCAUAGUUUUCUUUGACGCUAGAUGUGCUCAUGCAAAGUGUGAGGAUGUUUAGCGUCAUUUCACAGGGUAAAACUGUGCAACUCCCGGAAGGGCCUCUGGUGGCUGUCUGGAAGUUUCUGAAAAACUGAAAUGGUUUACAUUGCAGGACAAAGGGUGACAGGGACACUGCACGCAGACCACUUCAAUGAGAUGAUGUGGUCUGGGUGCCUGUAGUGUCCCUUUAAUGUUAUUGUCACGGCACUGCCGUGCACUCACCCGCUCGUGGGUGCCUGCGACGUCCUCGCGGCAGAGUUGCGGUACUUGCUGCUCCCAGAGACCCCUCUCCCGGGUCUGCGGCGGCUUCUCCUCUCCCUCUCGCCGCUGAGGUCCACGGCAAGUUCUUCACCGGGAGGAGGAAGAGAGCUGCAGAUCUGUUAGGGGAGGACAGGUCAGGGACUAUGGUGCAAACCAAGAUGGUGCUGAGUCCCUGACCCCUCUUUAUGUGUGCUCCAACUACUGGUGGGAGUCCCUGACCCCUCUGUGUGCUCCAACUACUGGUGGGAGGUGGCUGGCCACCUAUGUAAAGGACCACUAUAGUGCCAGGAAAUUUUCCUGGCACUAUAGUGCCCUGAGGGUGCCCCCACCCUCAGGGUCCCCCUCCCGCCCGGCUCUGGAAGGGGGGGAAAGGGUUAAAACUUACCUUUUUCCAGCGCUGGGCAGGGAGCUCUCCUCCUCCUCUCCUCCUCCGUUCCUCCCCGUCGGCAAGAGCUGCGCGCGCAUUCAGCCGGUUGCAUAGGAAAGCAUUUACAAUGCUUUCCUAUGGAUGCUGGCGUGCUCUCACUGUGAAAAUCACAGUGAGAAGCACGCAAGCGCCUCUAGCGGCUGUCAAUGAGAAAGCCGCUAGAGGCUUUGGGGGAAGGCUUAACUCAUUCAUAAACAUAGCAGUUUCAGAGAAACUGUGUUAAUCCUAGCUGGACCUGGCACCCAGACCACUUCAGCUGAAGUGGUCUGGGUGCCUACAGUGGUCCUUUAAACCAAGCACACCUUCCAGUCUGCGCUUGGUUAUUUUACUUGCCUUUUGCCCUGAUUUUCAGCUUAUGUUCCUGGUUCCUGACCCUUGAUUGAUUAUCCUUGCCUGCUGCCAGACCUGACUCCAGAUUGAUCGGCUUCUCUUGUCUGCUGCCUGACUUUGGAUUCAUUUACUGUGCCUCCUGCUCUUUCUUCUCUCGGAUUCCUCAUUUGGCUUGUUCUCAUUAAAGGCCUCUGUGCCACCACAGACCCUUCGGGAUCCUGUCACCACUUCCAGGUGCUCCUGAAGGUCAUGAUUGUAAGGGAGUGCUGUUCCACUGCAGUUGGGUUCCAUCACCUCUGCAAAAACGCGAGGUGGGUGUGUCAUAAUAACCAAGCCCAAAAAGAAUCAUGGAACCCGCAGGAACAGCUGAAGCUAUUACUGCCUUGACCCAACAAAUGAUGGCCUUAGCCCAAGCCAUUCAGGAUCUACAAGCCAGCAACACCUCACUACAUGAACAGAGAAGGGCUCAGUCCGUACCCCUCCUCUGCUGCCCACAUGUCGCCUAUGUCUCUUGAACCAAACAUUCCCAUGCCUGACAAGUUUACUACUAUUCACUCUAAAACCACGUACCUACCCUAAUGACUAUGUGAAGGUUUGCACUACUAUAGCUUUGUUAUCUAGUCAACCCCAAACCUGGGCACAUCAACUCCUGCACUCCAACAGUCCAAUAUUGGACUAUUGGGACUCAUUUGCUGCAACUAUGCGCUCGUUAUAUGAUGAUCAUUUGAGACCUUCUGCUGCUCGCAGUACCCUCCGUUCCCUCUGGCAGGGAAAAAGACCCGUGGAAGACUACACCACAGACUUCCAGGAGCUAGCUGCUGACACAGGCUAUAACGAGACUGGCCUGAUAGAACAAUACAGACUGGGUCUAUCUGAGGUCUUAAAAGAUGAACUAGCCAGAGUUGGGGUACCCACUUCUUUGGAAGAGCUGAUCCUCCUGGUCACCCAAUUAGACCGAUGCUUCCGUGAACAGAGAAGUUAGAGACAAACUCCAGCCAGUCUAUGGCCUCUGGAUUUAUCUGGUUCUGUGGCUUCUGCUGCUUCUUUUUCCUCCAAGGAACCCAUGUAAAUAGGCAUGGUUCUUUCAGUUUCCCCACCGGAUAUAUAUACAAACGGAAAAUAGAAAAUGGACCCAGGGAACACCAGAAUUUGCACAUAAAUUUUUUUUUCUAUUCAUGCAACACAGUAAUAGACUAAACAGUUUUAACAGAAGAAAGAGUGCAUAAAACAGUGCAAAAUAUGUUCGAACAAUAGUCCCAUAACCACUUCAGAGUAACAAUAAAGUGCUUAGAAUAACUACAUACACCCAGAUAAUAUGGUAUACUAACCAAGAGCAGGAGAAAUAAUAGCCCCGACAUUUCGGCCCUUAAAGGACCACUAUAGUGCCAGGAAAACAAACUUGUUUUCCUGGCAAUAAAGGGUCAUUAGGUCCCCCCACCCUCAUGGCCCCCCUCCUGCUGGGCUAAAGGGGUUAAAACCACUUACCUUUCUCCAGUGCCGGACUCCCUCGGUGCUGGUGACCUAUCCUCCAACUCUGCGCAUUAAAAAUUCCCAUAGGAAAAUCAAUUGAUUUUCACAGUGAGAAUCGCUGAAGCGGCCUCUAGUGGCUAUCAGUGAGACAGCCACUAGAGGCUGGAUUAACCCUGCGGUGUAAAGAUAGCAGUUUCUCUAAAACUGCUAUGUUUACAUCUGAAGGGUUAAAACCUGGGGGACCUGGCACCCAGACCACUUCAUUGAGCUGAAGUGGUCUGGGUGCCUAGAGUGGUCCUUUAAGCCUUCUUCUGAGGUCUGCUAGAAUAACAGCAACCAGGAACCACAAACAACUAAACCACAAACAUGAGGCCUGUUUUUGCAGCUGAAACAACAUGAGGAAAACAUAAGCUGAAAGAUAUGGUUGUGUUUCUUGGUGAAAUGAGUUAACAUAGUGAGUAUUCCUUGUUUCGGCUGUCCGACAUGAGCACAUCUAAUCAUGUAUUAAGACUAUUUUGGCUGGGAAGUUAGCAAUAGAAAGUGAUUACACUACAAGUUAUGGAACCAGGUGGCUACCUAGCCAGGUGUAUACCCAUCAAAGUAGCGUUCAAAUAAGAUGCUGGCAUCCACUUUUAGCGACUAAAUAGACAUGAUCUCAAACAGGUGCUGUGUUUUGCUUCAGUCUCACUUCUCUCUUAUGCCACAUGCUAAACGGAGCGGUUACCACACCAACCUUGCAGUGUAAAUUUCACACGGGUAGCUCAGGCUGAUCUAAUAAUUAAUUACGUACAGAGAAAGUAUGCCGAAAGUAAUUCUUUUGUUAAAACAAACUCUUUGUUAAGGAAAACUAAAAGCUCUGCCCUUUGGCCAGACUGUGUUUGCUGGAAUUUGUUUCCCUUUUUUGCCUCUUCUUAAUUAAACAGCUAGAGGUGAUAUUUCAUUUUAUUAUGUUUCAAACAGCCUUAAGCAGUGCAUUGUUUCAGAAAUGUGGGAACACAUGCAAUUCAAUGCUGUCAACUGUUUUCAUGGAGUAAUGUUUCUCCUUGGGGCAGUAUCUCGAAAACCUAAACUAUGUUAUUCACUUAAAGAUAAGUGUAUUUGUCCCAUUGAACUCUCUCAAUGUUUGUGGGGCUGUCUGUGGUAUUAUGUUUAUUUAUGUGGAUUCUUUGUGGAAUUGUGUGUGUCUGUAGGAUGGCACUCAAAGAUGUAAUUUUGGGCUUUGGGUACAAUUGCAGGGGGUGCUCAGUUUUAUAAAAGCAGCCAGUGUGAUGCUUGUAGAGUCUUUUACAGUAGGUAAAUAAUACCUAACCUCAAGCUGUAGAAAGCCAGUUAAUGUAAAUAUCAUGAAAUUGUUGACAUCUGUGGUUAUCUGUAUAUGAAGUGAAAAAUGGAGGUUGUGAGUGUUAUUCAUACCAUCGCAACCCAACUCUGGCAUCCAGAGAAUCUGGAUACCAGUGGAAGGGGAGUAAAGGGAAUGUGCCAGUAAUGUCACUCACUGGUUUCACCCAAUAGGGCAGGCUUACCCGUAAGGUGGGUCUGCCACGAAUUACUGGCAAAAACAGCCUAGUGUGAAUGCACGUUAGGAUGUCUGCCAACCAGCCAGACCAGCACACUGAGGGCAGAUCCUGCCUUGAACACUGGUUAGUACUCUGUGCAGGAUCCUAGUGCCCUGAACAUAGCGCAUGCUUGAAGAAUGAGGCAGUCUUGCUAUGCUUGGUAGGGACAGUUUCCUUAUGUCACCAAAAGUGGGAACUAAAAAAUCAGGACUGUCAUGCCGAAAUCGGAAUGGUUGAGAUGCCGGGUUAUGUAGUGUGUGAAAUCCAUUUGAAAUGUUAGAUUGUUCGAAUUCCAAUAUUUGUUUAAUACAAACCCUCCCAACUAGUUCCAACCAGUUAAAGUCAUCCAUGUUAGAGAAAACUAGUCUGAUAAAUUCCUUAUCAUCUCAAUGCAGGGGGUGGUCAUGCUCUCAGCUGCACUGAGAUAAUGUGUGUUUUAGCUCACCACUAAGGCCCUUCGUUUAUAUCAAAUCAUUCUUAAACACUUUAAUAUGAGGGAUCUUGCCAGGGGACUCUUGGGAACAUAAACACUACAGAAAAUGCCACUUUACAUUGCUUUACACCAGGGAACGGUCCCUGGGCAGCCCACUAUAGCAGUGCCUAAUGCAGGCUUCCAGAGGGCCCCACCCAUUAUGUAUCUCAUCUGUGACAUGGGCUGUGUCACUGGUGACGUCCCCCCAGGGCCCUGCGCACCCGCCCCAUUCCAUAAUUCCCAUUGUUGGGAGUUGUGCAUAUAUAGCAGUAGUAAAGGAGGUUAUAAUGCAUUAGAUGCAUUAUUUCUUAUCAGCAUGAUUGUCAAGGACAUUAUUGCGAUUUCAUGGUCUCAGGAAGUGGAGGCUAUAUUGUUUCAAACAAGCACAUUUGAAAAAUAUUAUUUUUUUUUUUUAAACUGUAAAUCUGUCAAAUGUUGCUCUAUCUGAAUUAUCUGCACACAUGCUGUAUUUAUAGUAUUACUGCAGCUGUGUUUACUUUUAUUUGCGGUGUUCAAAAAUACUGUGUUUUUUUUUUUCCCUUAAGUGUCCCACUUCUUGCAUUUACUCUAUUCAUAUGUCACCUGGUAAAUCUGUAGACAACAUCCAAGCUAAAGUUACAUUCAUUUGCUGGACACCAUCAUGAAGUUCCAUGCAAUGGAUUUAUAGAUUUCCCCUCUCUGAAAGAGAGUCUUCUGGCAUCAUACAUUGUAAUUAAGGAAAAAGGGAGAUAAUGACUGGUCUGUCAUUCUGGCUAUUUUUACUACAAUAUGUCUUAGAACUGUAAAGUCAGUUUUAGACUCCUGCUGUAUACCAUGCUAAGAUUCUUCUAUUUUUAGUUUGCUGGAAAACCAUAUCAUCUGGGGUUUGUUAAAGCAUUUGAUAAAUUAAUCAUCUGAAUGUUUUCAGUUCUCUUUUACUCCACAUCUUUUGGUGCUGGGAACAAAAAUAAAAACCUUUUUAAGGCCCUUACUGAUUUAGUUUGUGUUACGUCAAAUCCUGGAGUUCUUUUUAUAUUCCUUAUAAACUGCUGGACUGUCAACUAAUUGCAUUUUAGUAUUGCGCUCACUGUGUUGUGUCUUGGUAACAACAAAACAGCAUUCUAAAUACUGGACAUUUACUAUCAGCAGCAAUAUGGUGAUAGUGUGGAAGUAAGCCUCAUAGUUUGAAAUAUUAGCAGGAGAUAAGAGGGGAAAUACAUUAAAGGAAAUUCCACGUACCAUAACGACUGCCACCUGAUGUAGUGGUUAUGGUGCCAUGAAUGCUCUAGUGCCCUCCCAGUAUAACUAAUCAAGCUUUUAAUUGGACACUAUAGGAUUUGUUACAUUUCAAUUGUUUUAUUAAUUGUAUGAAGGUCUUUUAAUGUUUUUGUAUAUUGGAAAAUCGAAUAAAGAUUUAUAUAAAAAAUAAAAUGGACACUAUAGUCACCAAAACUAAUUUGGCUUAAUGAAUCAGCUUUGGCAUAUAAAUCAUGCCCCUGCAGCCUCACUGCUCAAUUCUCUGCCAUUUAGGAGUUCAAUCACUUAGUCACACCUCUCUGCAUGUGACUUACACAGCCUUUCUAAACACUUCCUGUAAAAAGUCCUCUAAUGUUUACACUUCCCUUAUCGCAAAUUCUGUUUAAUUUAGACUUUCUCAUCUCCUGCUCUGUUAAUAGCUUGUUAGACCCCACAUGAUGCUCCUUUAUGUAGUUAAUGUUCCAUUUACAGAGCAGGAGAUAAAAACUUUCAAAGUAAGUUACAUCUGAUUGAGAAUGAAACCAUUAUUUUUUUUUCAUGCAGGAUGUGUGAGUCACUGCUAGGGGAGUUGUGGCAGGGGCCGAAUAAACAGAAACAAAAGUGAUUUAACAUCUAAAUGGCAGAGAUUUGAGCAGUGAGACUUCAGGGGCAUGAUAUAUACACCAACACAGCUUCAUUAACCCCUUAAGGACACAUGACAUGUGUGACAUGUCAUGAUUCCCUUUUAUUCCAGAAGUUUGGUCCUUAAGGGGUUAAAGGACCACUAUAUUGCCAGGAAAACAUACUCGUUUUCCUGGCACUAUAGGGUCUCUAGGUCCCUCCCACCCUUAGGGUCCCCCUCCUGCCGGACUCUAGGGGUAGGAAGGGGUUAAACACUUACCUUUUCUCCACCGCCGGGCUCCCUUGGUGGUAGGGACUCUCCGCCUCCUUUCCCCAUCAUCGACUGAAUGCGCAUGUGUGGCACGAGCCGCGCGCACAUUCAGCCAGUCCAGAGGAAAGCAUUCUCAAUGCUUUCUUAUGGACACUGGCGUCUUCUCACUGUGAAAAUCACAGUGAGAAGCGCGGAAGCGCCUCUAGCGGCUGUCAAUGAGACAGCCACUAGAGGCUGGAUUAACCCAUAGGUAAACAUAGCAGUUUCUCUGAAACUGCUGUUUACAGCAGAAAGGGUUAAUCCUAUGUGGACCUGGCACGCAGACCACUUCAUUAAGCUGAAGUGGUCUGGGUGCCUACAGUGGUCCUUUAAGCUAAAGCUGUUUUGGUGACUAUAUAGUGUCCAUUUUAAGAAGGGUUUUUAAAACUUUACCUGGAGUCCACUGUGCACCCGCAGCCUCCUCCCUUGUAGCCAGAAGCUGCUGCAACGGGUUUCCGUUAGCUACACUGAGCUAAACACUGCUGGGCAGGACUGACUCAUUGGCUGAGAGCAUCAAUUGAGUGCUGUCACUAAUAAAGCACCGGUACCACAGGUACAUUUCCAAACCGUUCUUAAACUAGAACAGAGCAAUAAUGAUUGGCUUCCUAUUAAUCCAUAGGUUAUCCACUAGAUCUAUAUUUCCACCAAUUUCAAUACACAUGUGAUUUUCAAAGAGUAGUUUACUCAUAAAUUAAAGGAAACAAAAUAUAUCCAUAGUGUUAAACUGUAUUGACAUUAAAAGAUAAAAAAACAUUCCUAGGUUUAAGAUACAUAUAACAAAAACAAAGCUCAAUACAUAACAUUUCAGUAAACGCAAUCCGUUGUUUAAUCCAAAACAUUUCAUCCAAUGUAUUUCUAAUAACGUUUUCACAAGCCUGACCCUUGAAAAUGCCUGCUUAAGUAAGGUCAUGGAAAAGCAAAACAGCCGGAAAUUGAUAUUAAAGGAACACUGCAGACACAGAACGCAAACCAGCUUGCUAAAGAGCUUUAUGUGUAUGAAGUUUGCCACAUUUGUGAACGUUUCUUUUUUUUUUUUUUUUGUAAAUAUGAUUUUUAUUUGUUUUGCAAAUAAAGGAAAUAGGGAACAUUGAUACUCGCAGGUAUCUAUUGGCAUAUGAACAAGUGCACAACAUGUGCAAAUAACAAUCAUGGAGAAUGCGCAGAUGUGUUUCAGAUAAGCGCAUCAUAAAGAAAAGAAAAAGGGUGGUGACGGUUGGGUAUCGUAUCAUAGGAAGGCAUUUGUAGGGGGACGCAGGUCCCAUUAAUUGUACUUAGUGCUUAUCGCCUUGGAACAUAAAAGGAGAACAGAGAAAGGGAGGGGGAGGGGAAAGAAAAUGCGUUCAAGUAAACAGGCAGUGGUGACACGCAGGUCACCUUUUAAGACACAAGUAACAUUAUCGUGGUGGACUCGCAGGUCCUAUGAAGUAGAAACAGUGGGUGGUACUUUCACAUGCUCUAUAGGGUGACAGUGUGGACACGCAGGUCCUGUUCCACCUAAGGGUAGGAUUCGUGGCAGGAGGUGAUGGUCACUGCUUGUGUUUCGUUGCCUUUUGCCGGUCUCGGCCUGGUGCCAUUAGUUAUUAUGUAUUAUAUGGUGGGCUUACCAGUCCCUCUGUCCUGUAUAUGUGCUUGUACCACUCUCCCACUUUUUAUGUAGUCGCCUGUUGCAUAGGCAUUUACUCUUUGGACUCGCCGGUCCCAAAACUCCUUUUAUAUUGGUCCUAUAAUAGUUUUGUUGUGAUGUGGCCGGGGUGUAGGGAAGAGGAGGGAGGAAAGAAAGUGGGGGGGGGGGGGGGGAAGAGGUUUGGGGUGUACAGUACCAGUCACAAUUAUCUGGAUCGUCAUGUGCGGUCUCAGGGUCUAGUUGAGUGGUGGCGUCUGUCGCUGUGAGGAGAUGUCUAUUGUGGUGUCUGGUGCUAGGGCUGCUUCUCGUCCUUUGUUUGGGCCCGCUGUUGGACGGUGAUAUUGUCUGCCCCAGUCAUUGAUUUUGUCUGUGAACCCGGCUCCCGCCGUUGUCAGGAUCCAGUGUGUCCAUGUGUCAAGGUAUUUUUGUGUUCUGUCCGUAGAUUUCAUGUGUAUGUCUUCCGUCUCCCUUAGGGCCUCCAUUUGUGUGAGCCACUUGUCCGGUGUAGGUGCGUCCUUGCGUUUCCAGUGUUGUGGGAUGAGCUGCUUUGCUACAUUAAGUAUCCUAAUAGUGAUUGAUCGUUUGUAUCUAUUACUUGGUAUGGUAGUGUGAUGGAGGAGCAUUGCAGCGGGGUCAAAGGGGGGUGGCUGGUCCGUGAAUAUCUUUAGCAUUGUAUGUAUCCCCUGCCAAAACGGUUGUAUCUCUGCGCACUCCCACCAAAUGUGUAAGAACGUCCCGAGUCCCACCCCGCAUCUCCAACAUUGUGCUGAUUGGUCUGGGUAUAUUUUGUGUAGGGCAGCUGGGGUGCGGUACCAAAGCGUUAGUAGUUUAUAUGCUGUUUCUUGGUGUUUGCUGAACGCUGCGCAGUGGUGUGUUAACGAGCACAUCUUUUCCCAUUCCCCUUCGCUAAAGCUGCGGUUCAGUGCCGUUUCCCAUUUUCCUUUGAACCCGGGCAAUUCCGUUGGGAUUUGUAUCUGUAGUGAGUUGUAUAAGGUGGAUACACCGUGGGGGAGGGGUUCUGGGUCGAGACACAGUUGUUCGAACCACGUGGGGGCGCGCCCCAGUGCUUGCCCCUGGGGGAGGGUCUUAAGGUAGCUCUUCAGCUGGGCGUAUUUGUAUUUCUGUGCAAAGGUGGUAGUGUUUUCGCCUAUAAUUUCUGUAAGGGUCCUCGGGCCUGUCUGAGUGUAUAUGUGAUGUAAUCUGGGUAGGGGGUCUGGGAUGAGGUCUCUGAAGGCCAGGGAGUCGAGUCCUGGUGGAAACUCCGUAUUAUGUGUCAGGGGGGUCAGCGGUGAUGGGUAUGGGGCGAGGCUGCCUCGGGCUGCCAUCCUGUGCCACACCUGUAGGGUGGAUUUCACGUAUAUGGGUAUGUUUCCUCGCUUCCUUGGUGGUAACCAUGGGGCGAGCGCUAUGGGGAUCCCUAGUUCUGCCUCUUCCACCGACUUCCACAGUUUAUGCACGUUGUCUUUCGACCAUUCCGCUAUUCGCAGGAGGUGACAGGCGACGUAAUAGAGGUGGAAAUCUGGUAGCGCCAUACCCCCCUUGUCUUUCGGUUGUGUGAGUUGUGAAAAUUUGAGCCUGGGUCUCCUCCCGUUCCACACAUAUCCCCCUAGUACCUUGCGAAGAGAGCUGAAGUAAGUUUGGGGAAUACAUAUGGGCAUUGCUUGCAUCAGAUACAGAAGCCGAGGGAGAAAAUUCAUUUUGACUACUUGGACUCGUCCAAGCCAGGAGAUGUGAGGAUACGACCAAUCCCCUGUGUCCCUCCUGAACGAGGCCAACAUCGGUGUGAAGUUUUCUGUAAAUAGGCUUGUGCUGUGUUUGGUGAGCCAAAUGCCCAAGUAUCUAACUUUGGUGUCUGCCCACUGGAACGGGUGGCUUUGGCGGAGUAUGCCCUCCCUAUGCCGGGGCACUGAGAUGUUAAGUAUGUAUGACUUUUUGAAGUUUAUUUUCAUGUUGGAUAGGAUGCCGUAUUCUCUGAAGGCUUUGAUUAUGUUCGGGAGUGAGAUUUCGGGAUUUGUGACAAAGAAUAGCAGGUCGUCGGCAUAAGCCGCGACCUUAUGGUGUGUGCCGCCCAAUUCCACCCCCUGGAUGUCUGGAUUGUGCCUCACCGCGUGGAGAAACGGCUCUAGGGCCAGGACGAAGAGCAGCGGCGACAAGGGACACCCCUGGCGGGUGCCGUUGUGUAUGGUGAAAGCCUUUGUGGGUGCGCCAUUGACAAUGACUUGUGCCCUAGGUUGCCUAUACAGGGCCUCUAUCCAUCCCCUCAUGUGCGUCCCCAAACCCAGGUGUAUAAGGGCCUGAAACAGGUAUGGCCAUCCGAUCCUGUCGAAGGCCUUCUCCGCGUCCGUGGAGAGCAGGAGAAGGCCUCCGUUCCUGGCCGGUCCCCCGUGUACUAUCGAUAGUGCCCUUAUAGUGUUGUCCCUGGCCUCGCGACCCGUUACGAACCCCACCUGGUCUGGGUGGACCAGGGUGGGGAUGUGCUGUUGUAGGCGAGUUGCCAGUAUCUUCGCCAUCAAUUUCAGGUCGCAGUUUAUGAGGGAAAUUGGUCUAUAGUUGCCGCAAUGCUCUCCGUCUCUGCCCUCCUUGGGUAUGAUUGUGAUGUGCGCCAUGAGGGAUUGUGUGGGCCAGUGGUGUCCCUCUCUGAUCGCAUUAAAAGAGGCCACCAUCGGAGUGUAUAGGGUCUCUGCGAAGCAUUUAUAGUAGCGCAGCAUGAGGCCAUCUGGUCCCGGGCUUUUUCCUGGUUUUGUCGCUUUGACUGCCCACGCCAGUUCUUCCGUGGUGAUGGGUUCAUCAAGCGCUUCUGCUGUGUCCCUUUCUAUGCGCGUGUGUGUAUGUGUCUGCAGGAAUUCUUGUAUUUUGUGUAUGAGGUUGGUUUGUGUCUGCGGGUCUUGCGGCCCUGGGAGGUUAUACAGCUCGGAGUAGUAUGAGUGUAUCACCUCCUGAACCUUGUCGGGGAGGCGGUGUAGAGUGCCUGUUUUGUCCCGUAUCUUUUCGAUAUAUAGGUGUUGUCUACGCUUGGUGAGCAUUCGCGCAAGGAGUUUUCCACUCUUGUUGCCAUGGAUAGUGAAAAAUGCGUUAUGCCGCGCUGCUUCCCUGUGGUGUCUAGCGUGUAGGAGUGUGGCUAGUUCCCUCCUUAGCUGGAGCAGCUUUACCUGGUUGUCUAGGUGUCCGUCCCUUUUGUUGGAUUCGUCUAGCGCGUGUAUGUCUUGUAUGAGUGUUGUAAUUUGUGCCUCUCGUUGUCUUUUCAGCCUUGCCCCUUUCUGUAUGAGGUGACCUCUAACCACACAUUUGUGUGCCUCCCAGGUAAGUGUGUGUGAGGUCUGUGCUGGGGUAUUUUCUGUAAAGUAGUCUCCCAAUAGUUUACUAGUUUCCGUUACGAUUUCUGGGAGCGACAGCAUAUAGUCGUUUAGUCUCCAUUUGGAGACCUUGGGCCUAUGUAGUGGGGACGUUAGAGUAAGGGUGACCGGCGCGUGGUCUGACCACGUUGCCGUACCGUGUUCCACUGCCCUCACCAGGGCCAGGUCAUAGUGGGACAUGAAGAAGUAAUCCAGUCGUGUGUAUGUGUUAUGUGGGUAGGACAGGAACGUAUAGUCCCGUUCGUCUGGGUGGUGUGCCCUCCAGCAGUCCAGGAGGUGUAGACGUCGAAAAAGGGUCUUGAUGUGAGUCAGGUGUUGGGGCGGGACUCUCGAGGUCCCUGAGGACGAGUCCCAUUUUGGGUCCAUGGUCAGGUUGAAGUCCCCUCCCAGGAUUAGUAUGCCCUCCGCGAACAAUCGAAGUAAACGUAGAGUGCGGGUGAAAAACCUGUAGUGUCUCUGGUUGGGGGCAUAUAUAUUAGCGAAAGUAUAGGUGGUGUCCGCUAUCGUGCCCUUCAGGAAUAGAAAUCUCCCCUCGGGGUCAGUCUCAGUCGCUAUUUCUGUGAACGGUACGUGUUUGUGUAUUAGUAUGGCCACUCCUCGCGAUUUUCCCGCACUAUAGUCACUGUAGUAGCCCUUAGUAUAGUGAUGGUCAGUCAUUUUGGGUCUAGAUCCGUCUCGAAAGUGCGUUUCCUGCAUAUAUACAAUAGACGCUCCAGUGCUAUGGAAGUUUCUCAGGGCAUGCGAGCGUCUUUCAGGUUUAUUUAGUCCUUUAGCGUUGAUUGUGGUGAUAUGAAGAUAUGCCGGUCGCAGUGACAUGGUCGGGGUUGGGGGGAGUUGGGGGGGGAGGGUCAAUCAGCGUGGGAAGGUGGGGGAGGGGAACCAGCGCCUGUAAGAGCGCUGUCUAGGUACGAGCGUCUGGGUAGGGAUAAGCGCCUGUCCACCAGGGAUAAGGGGCAAUUACCCGCCCAGUACCUUGCGCCCUAUCCUAAGGGGGGGUCGAAGGAAGUUGCAAACCACUAGGUAGCGCGCGUGAGGGUGGGGUCUACCGAAUCGUAGGCAAGUCCUUUUAUGAACUCCUCCGACGUCGUCCCCUGUUGGCUCUGUUUGCAUGUGUGUCAACUUUAUGUUCCUCGCCUUGUGAGGUGUUGGCCCUAGGGCCUUCUAGUUAUGGUGUGUGUCAGGUUUAAAUUUGAGCAUAUGAAUAUAUGAAAGGUCAGAGGGGGAAACCUUAUGCAUAUGAAAAAUGUAAAAUAUAAAAUGAGAAACAUAGAAAACAGUUAUAACAGUUAUAACAUUCCAGUCAUGGAGCUUCAUGUUGGGUGUACCCCUGCCACCUGGUCCCUGUGCUCAUGCACCCGUCCUGCCCGCAUUUCCAUCCGGCCGCCCCUCCUCCAUGCAUGGGCAGGAUAGGUCUUUCUCUUGGGUUCUGUCUCUCUCCCCUCCGCUCCUUGGGGAGCCCGGGCCCCCAGCAGGCCAGGCCGGUGCCGGCUCCCCCCACGCGCUCACCUAAGUGGGUCGUCACGCGUGGGUCAGGAGGUCGGCCCCGGCCCGGCCCGGUCGGGGCACAGGCCCCGCAUUCCCUCUCUCCGGGCAUGGGUCCCCCAGCAAAAUACAAUACUAGCAAGCAUUGGGCUCUGCCCCCAACCCCCCAUCCCUUCUCAGAGGCACCCGGGUCUCAGUACAGUGCCCAGUAUUCCCAUCAGGUCAUACAUUUUUUUUCUUUUUUUUCUCAAAGGGACUCGGCUAGCUUGUGUGGCCCAGUGAGGCCUCCCCGUAUCAAGCUAUAGUUCUAUGUCUAGGGGAGCUAAAGUCCCUUUUAAAAACAGAGCAACUGGGCUUGGGGGGUUGUGAUACUUGCGGGGAGCCGUCUGAGCGAUGUUUCAGAGCUGCACGGCUGCUCGGUGCCCCAUCAUUGCUGUCACUGCUGAGGAAGUUCGUGAGGGUCACUCGGCUGGGCACUUGGGCUGUGGGGCGGCAGUCAACAACGCCUGUAUGCGGAGUCAUGUCCAGGCAGCACAAGACAGGUCCAGGUUUCUUACGCCUCUGGUUACAUAGUUGCCCCCGACGGGCGUAUCGUUUGCAUGCGGGAUCUUCGCUGUCUCUGUGGUUUUUGGGUCGGUGUCUGGGUGCUUGCGGCAAACGUGUAGAAGGCCAGGGGGUCUGGCCACUGCAUAUGGAUCGGCGGGAGCUGCAGUUCUCGUGUUAACCCUGUCAGGUCAUCUUCUCCCUUGACUAGGAAGGGGCCUGUUGGUGUGAAAACGUGCAGGCCUGUUGGGAAGGUCCACCGGUACCUUAGUUUGUUAGAUUGCAGGAUUCUCGUCAGCGGGCGCAUCGCCCGGCGAUAGGCCAGCGUGGCCGGGGACAGGUCCGGAUAGAGUUGGACCUCUGCUCCGUUUAUGAGGACGUGGUCAGUCUCCCGUGCUCUCCGCAAUAUGUCCUCCUUAAGUUGAAAGCUGGCCAAGCAACAGAUGAUGUCCCUGGGGGGGUCUUCCGGGGCCCCUUUAGGGCGCAGUGCGCGAUGUGCUCUGACAAAGUCAAUUUUAGUGGACUCAGGCCUGCUCAGCAGUUUGUUAAAGAGGUCUGUGAGUGUCUCUUUCACGGGUUCAGUGUUGGCAGUAUGUUCAGGGAUACCUCUUACUCUGAUAUUUUGUCUUCUGCCUCUGUUGUCCAAGUCCUCUAUAUGGUAUGCCAUCUGUCUGAGUUGUGCAGAUUGCUUAAGUAUGGCGUCGGUAGUUGUAGAUUGUACCGCGUGUGCGUGAUCAUUAUCUGCUUCCAGCUGGGAGACUCUGUGGUUGAGGCCCUGCAGGUCCUCCCUCAUGGCGUGCAGUUCUGUUGUAAUUGAUUUCUGCAGGGCUGCAUUAGCUUCUUUAAGAUCUGCUUUGGUGGGUAGGUUGCUGAGUACCCUCACCCAAUCCAGGGGGGGCUCUGCCGUGCCAGCGGCAUCUAGUUCGUCUCUCCCGGGCGGCGACAGCGUGUUGUCCGUGGCCAGGGACUCAUUUGAGGCCUGAGAUGCGAGAUCGGCCGGGGUAAGCAGGUAUUGCCUCAUCGAGGGUGCCGGGGACCCCCUAGGGGUGUCCGCGGACUUCACUGCUUGCGUGGCUCUGUGUGAUUUCCCCAUCGUGCGGUCCUGACACACGGCUCGGCGAGGGAAAGUGCAGAGCCGGCGGGGAGCUCCCUCACUAAGCCGCCAUCAUGUUCGGCGUCCAAGCCACGCCCCCCGUGAACGUUUCUAAAGGGGCUGAUUUCAAUAGAAACCUGCACUUUUAUACUUCAGUGUCUGUCAAUCAGAAUGACAGGGAGGAUUUCUUCUCCAUGGAGUUCCAGGAAGUGUUAGGCGUGCUGUUCUAGCACACACUUGUCUUCUCUCCUUGUCGGUGAGUUGUAUUACAGCAGCCUCUGAUUGGACUAUCUCUGGCACACACUGAAAAUCUGGGCUGCGGAAGAAAGAAGAGAAAGGCUUACAAAGGCUGCAGAAAAGAGAUCUGCCACCUUUGCAUGUUGUUUUUAGAUAUACCCCAAUGAAAAAACUACAAAAAUAAAUGUUUGCGUUUUUUCAUAGGGGAUGUAUCUAAAUUGCUAAAUAGUGAUGUAAACUUUUUUUUUGUUUUUGGAGGAAAAGGUGGGCAAUGGACUGAUCCUUUAAACCAGAAAUUAGAUGCACUUCCUGGUGGCUAACUGAGUGACACUGGACAUACUCACGCUCUGCAUAAGGACAUCUAGCGUCAGAAAAAUCUCCAUAAGAAAGCAUUGAGUCACUGAUUUAACAUUGGGGGGCCUAGUGUAUUCCUUGCACUAUAGAAUCCCUUUAAUUACCUGUGGCCAGAAAAAAAGUUUAUUGUUUUAAUUAAAGGGAAUCUAUAGUGUUCGGAAUACAAAGUUGUAUUCCUAACACUUUAGUGACCUUUGGCCCCCCCUUCUCCCCCACAAAAAGGGUUAAAAACCCUUUAAUCACUUACCAAUUUCAGAGCUGAUGUUCCUUUUCCUCUGGCUUGCACUGUCUCCUCUGACGUCAUCUGAUGGGGGGACAUAUUGUGCAUGCGUGGUGAGAGCUGUGAGCUCUUGAGGCCUUGCCCAUAGGAAAGCAUUGGCGUCCAGCAUCAUUUUACAGAGUGAAACUCCGUGAAACUCCAGGAAGCACCUCAAUGCAGUCUUACUACUGCAAUGUAAUCAUUGCAGCUUCACAAAAAACUACGUUUUACAUUACAGGACUAAGGGGGACUGGGACACUGAACCCAGACCACUUCAAUGAGAUGUAAGUGGUCUGGGUGCCCAUAGUUAAUUUGUUAUUCAGUAAAAUGAUUGUUGUUUAGUGAAUAUUCUUCUUUUGAAAUACAAUGCAUUGCUCAGUCUGGCAUUACAGCUGUAGAAUCCUCUGCAGACCCUGUAUUUUGAAAAGUACAAUGAAAUGAGAGGAUUAAUUCUGGAUGAUACAUGGUUUGGUUUGGUAAAAUCAUUCUGUUUAAGUGGAUUACAGACUUGCUUCAUCUGUAAUUACAUGUUCUUUAUUUAAACAUUAACCUUAAAAUCUUAUUAUUCAGAUAUGUUUAUUUUAUUUUCAGCCGCGUUUUUAGAAUGUACGCUAUGCUUUUGUGGCAAAGGAGAUAUUAAAACAUCUGUCCACAAAUAUAAGGCAUACAGUUGGCUUGCAGCUGAAAUAGCUGUGAUGCCACAGUUAAUAAAAUAUUUUUCUUUAGAUUGCCAAGAAAAGAACAAAAUGUGUGUAGAGCUUACCGUGUGUUGCAUAUACGUGUGCAAAUGCAUGUGGCAUUCCUUUUCAACUUCCAUUAGAGAGAAAAGUGUUUGUCCAGUACAGAGUUCACUAAAGUGCUACUUGUCUGGAAUUCAAGGUGAAUAAAAAUAAUUGUAAAUUUUCUAAAAUAGCCAAACUGAAAAUAUACAGGAUUAUAAACUAAAGUAAGAAUUAAAAGUGAAUUACAAAUUUAAAGGGACACUAUAGGCACAAAAUCAACUUUAGCUUAAUGAAGAAGUUUUUGUCUGUAGAUCAUGUUGCUGCAGUAACACUGCUUAACUAUCUGCCAUUUAGGAGUUAAAUCACUUUGUUUAUACAGCCCUAGCCACACCUUCCUGCAUCUGACUUACACAGCCUUCCUAAACAUCCUCCUUAUUCAAGGUUUCAUUAUUGUACAAUGUGUUUUAUUUAGAAUUUCUUAUCUCCUGCUCUGUUAAUAGCAUUGUAGAACCUGCAGGAGCCUCCUGUGUGUGAGUAGAGUUCAAUUUGCGGGCAAGAGAUAAAAACUUUUAAAGCAACUUAACAUCUGAUGGAAAAUGAAACCAUUUUUUUCAUGCAGACCGUGUCAGUCACAGUCUGAAGAGCUGUGGCUAGGGCUGCAUAAACAGAAACAAAAGUGAUUUAACUCCUAAAUGGCAGAUAAUUGAGGAGUGAGACUGUAGAGGUAUGAAAAAUAUACCAAAGCUGCUUCAUUAAUGUGCAAUGUUUUCUUAUGGGGUUUUUAACAUGCUGGAUGUCCUCAUGCAAAACGUGAGAAUGUCCAGCGUAGUUGAAACUUUAGGAAUUCCUUCUAAAACUGCAAUGUUUUACUCUUUUUUAUUUUUUUAAAAUUUUUUUUUACACAUUUUUACAGGGUUAAGGGAACAGGGACACUGCACCCAGACCACUUCAGCAAGAUAAAGUGGUCUGGGUGCCUCUAGUGUCCCUUUAAAAUAUUGUUAUAUGUGCCCUAGUUAAGUUUAGUUGCUUUGAUCUAUAUUUGUAGUUUUAGUGUGUGGUAUAUUAGUGAGGAAUUUGGUAGAUUUAGGUAGUUUGGCAAUUUUUAUAAAAUUGCUAGUUACAUGGAUGGAUAGUGAAUUAUACCUGUUUGACUUUAAUUAUUUCUUCACCUCUAUUCCCUUGCCAUCUUACACCAAACAGAAUCCUCAAGUAAGGCCUGUGCAGAUAUUUGUAAGUAACAGGAUAAUAUAUGUUAUUAAAUCCACGUCUCAUUAUGCAAUACAUCCAUAGGUUAAUUUAUGUAUUUAUUUAUAUAGCUCUGUAUGUCUAGGGGAAUAUUCACUAAGCAUUGCAUAGGUAGAACAAUUCAUUUCCCAUCAGCUUUGAAUUCCCAGCCAUUCAUACUUUAGUGAAUAACCAUGAUAUUGUGCUAAGGAGGCAACUAUGUUGUGGCAUCUAAGUCAGAUUAUCUUCAUCAACAUAUCUAAUGGCUUCUGGUUCUGUUCUUCAAGGAACACUCUUAGCACCAAAGCUACUACAGUUUGCUCUAGUGGUUAUGGUGCCACGAGUGCCUUGGUGCCCAACUAUUGUAAGUAGUCAAACCGUUUUUGAACAGUUUGACCUCUUACCUAGUGUCUGCCAGGCACUGCUCCAUACCUCAACCAAUAAAGCCGGAAAGCCAGAGGUUCCUAAGCAGCAACCUCCUUUACUCUCUACACUGAGGAAGGGAUUACCCCGAAACGUAUGUUUUGGUUUACUUUGUCCUUCAAAUUAAACAGUGGUAGCACUUUUGGGUGCACAAAGAUACUUGCACUGCCUUCAUUUUUUUUUUUCAAUUUUUUGGGGGACUGUCUGAGCAACAGUGGGAGGUUUUGCUGCACAGUAUUUGAUUGAAGUGUUGUUUAUGCACAUAUCUGUACAUGGUAUGAUUACUUGUUCCUUGUAUUUUUUUUUUUCUUUUUUGUGUGGCCACACUUUGUUAAUCAUAUUGCCAGCGCAAAGGUUGUUACAGUCUAUCAAUAUCCUGCUGCCUUAACACUGUGUAUACUGUGAUUAAAGAAUAGCACACACACAAAAAAAUUAAGUUUUAUAUUUUACAAGGAUACGUAAUAUAACAUAUAAACAAAUAUGGGGAUUUAAUUACAUCAUAUGGCCAUAUCGUGUUAAGCCCAGCACUACGUCACAAUACCCAAUAUCAGUGGGUUCUACGCUCAUUUUAAAAAUGCUUUCCUGUGGGGAUUUUAGCGAUGCUGGAGGUCCUCACAUAGUGUGAGGACAUCGAGCGACGCUCUAGCACAGAAAACCUGUGCUAGAAACCAGGGAGUGCCCUCUAGUGGCUGUCUAGUAGAGUCUAAGGAGUUGGCACCCAGACCACUCCAAUGGGCAGAAGUGGUCUGGGUGCCUGGAGUGUCCCAUUAACAUGGGAGUUUAACAACCUAACUGCUUCCAGAGACUCUCCUCAAUUUAUGCUUUCAUGUGGUCACCUCAACACUGGUGAGGUGUACUGCUUGGAGUGUUCAAAAUUAAAAAAAAAAAAUGAAAAUAAAUAAAUUAGUAAAAGGUGUGUUUUUUUUGCUGCAUAAGGAUUACAAUUUUUGUUUCAAAAAGAGUAAAAUGUAGAGAUGACAAAUAUCAGUAUAACUUAUUGUGGUAAUUGAUCUUGAUAAAAUGGAAGAUAGUGGAAUAUUGCUGGAGAUGUUAUUCCAGGAUAUCAGUGAGUUUAUAAAGAAUUGGCAAAUCUGCUUCAGAAAUGAUAUUGGAAAGGUAGGCUGGACAGGUCGUGUAGUAAUCCAAAAAUAAAAAAUACGGGCAAGUGGGAUAUUAAAGUACAAAAUUGUGCAGGCAAGCCACUGAUAAUGGGAGCACUCCCUAAAAUCCCACUGAAAAAUAUACACCAAAAAACUGUACAAAACUCAAAAUGUAAAUAUAGUGCAGGGUGCCUCAAUCACAAAUGUGAAGCUAUUUAAAGUUACUACUUUGGAGAGAAAAAUGACCUCACAUAAAAAAGAAAAACAUGAAGAGAAUCAUAGUGCAAACUUUAAUUACAAUAGUGGAUGAAAGCCAAUACACAUAUAUUGGCAUAAUUAUAAACAUAAAUUCUGCAAAAGCGCUUUUAUUUUGGAUAUCAAAGCUGAAGAUUAUGCAAGCAAAUGUGAUAGGCAAAGAUUACCACACAUUUUGGGAGACUGUACAGUGCAUCAUUCCAAAUCUAUCAUUAGGGGAUGUUAAGAGUUUAAAGGGAAACUCAAUGUUAUAAAAUGCAUUACCCUUCCUAACCUAUAAAACCCUACCUGUCAUUAGCUGCUGUCCACAUAAGUUACAGGGAUGUUGGACAGAAAAAUUGGCAGUAAAAAUCUUUCUUCGACAUCUCUGGUCCUAUCUGCAGUUAUAAGCUUAAUGGUACUUAGAGAACCGACUAGGGGAAUCUAUGGGCCAUAACUAAGUUGUUGCACAUAGGGUACAAUGGUGCUCAGUCACCCUAUAAAUGUAAUAGGUAGUGCAUCUUGGCAAUGAUAUGUAGGGCAUUGUGGCAACUGACAUUCAAUGUGGAUAAGUGCAAGAUAAUGCAUCUUGGGCGUAAAAACCCAAGGGCAGAGUUUAGAUUAUUUGAUACCCUACUAACCUCAACAUCCGAGGAAAGGGAUUUAGGGGUAAUUAUUUCUAUUACAUUGUCAGGUAAGCAGACAAUGUAAUAGAGCGUCAGGAAAUGCUAGCAGAAUGCUUGGUUGUAUAGGGAGAGGUAUUAGCAGUAGAAAGAGGGAAGUGCUCAUGCCAUUGUACAGAACACUGGUGACACCUCACUUGGAGUAUUGUACACAGUACUGGAGACCGUAUCUUCAGAAGGAUAUUGAGACUUUGGUAAGAGUUCAGAGAAGGGCUACUAAGCUGGUUCAUGGAUUGCAGGAUAAAACUUGUAUAGCUUGGAGGAAAGACGAGACAGAUAUGAUAGAAACAUUUUAAAUACAUAAAGGGAAUCAACACAGUAAAGGAGGAGACUAUAUUUAAAAGAAGAAAAACUACCACAACAAGAGGACAUAGUCUUAAAUUAGAGGGGCAAAGGAUUAAAAAUACUUUCAGGAAGUAUUACUUUACUGAGAGGGUAGUGGACGCAUGAAAUAGCCUUCCAGCUGAAGUGGUAACUCAGUGAGUGAGUUUAAGCAUGCGUGGGAUCGGCAUAAGGCUAUCCUAACUAUAAGAUAAGGCCAGGGACUAAUGAAAGUAUUUUAAAAAUUGGGCAGACUAGAUGGGCCGAAUGGUUCUUAUCUGCCGUCUCAUUCUAUGUUUCUAUCGGGGGAAGAAAUUUAAUUAUAGUUUUAGGAUUAAUUUGUUCAAAGGUUAAGAAUCUAUUUCAUUUUUUUAGAAGGCUAUUAAACAAAGUAAGUUGUCUUUUAAUAUUGAGUGCUUUUUGUGAUCCUUUAGCUGCCACUAACCACAUGACUGGCUAUUUGCAGGUGUCACAGGCAGCAGCAGAGCUCCAACAGUAUUGUAUGCAGAAUGCUUGCAAAGAUGCCCUGCUGGUUGGAAUGCCUGCUGGAAGUAACCCGUUCCGGGAGCCGAGAUCCUGUGUGCUGCUCUGAAGAUGUUUUCUGUGCAUGAUCCGUGUCUACAGUAAGUAUGUUACAAACCUAUAUUGCUAACUCUAGUGCUCCUGUCACUAGUUUGAUUCACCCCCCCUACUUUUCCUGUGUAAAAUCCUGUUAAAAAACAACAAAAAAAGCUUUUUAUUUGCGUUUUUUUCCAAACCUGAAACUCCCUUGGCUCUUCUCACAUCUCUUCCGCAUGUGACAUAAUUGAGGGGGCAUCAAUUCUUCCAUUGCUGGGCCAGUCCAAUGUUCCUCAUAAGGAAGCAUUGGAUUCAAUGCUUUCCUAAAAGCCACAAUGCCACGUGACCAAGUUUUACUUGGUUAAUGGAACAGAAGCGCCUUUAGUGGCAGGAAGAAAGCCACCAGAGGUGGGUUAAACCCCACAAUGUAAACAUUGCAGUUUCUACAUACCAACAAUGUUUACAGUGCAGGGUUAAAAUGACAUGACCAAUGUACCCAGAUCAAUGUACCUUCAUUGAGAUGUGGUCCUUUAAUGUGCUUCCAUUUAAUAUGCAGGAUUGUCUCAUUUAAAUCUCUUUUAACACACAUCUCAGCAAAAGAGCAGUGUCCUGCACAUACAGUCUGUCUGACACUGCUUUCCACAAUUUAUGCUUCUAGUUGCUCCUAUUUUAUUACAGUAUUAUUCUUAUUUAUAAAGCGCCAACAAGUUCCAUAGCGCUGUACAAUGGGUGGACUAACAGGCACGUAUUUGUUCCUGUGCGUCAAACGUGUCUGGUUACAGAGGGGAUACAGAGACCUGCUCAAUGAGCUUACAUGCUAGAGGGAGUAGGGUUUAGUGGGACAAAGGGUAAGGGUAGGGUAGAAAAGUAGGUUGCUAGGAUAGUAUUCAUUGAGGGCUUAGUGUUUUGAUUUGAUGACCAUUUCAGGAAAGAAAUCAGGGUGCGGGGAGGGAAAGCUGUUCACAGUUUAACUGAUACACGUUCCUGAAGAAAUAAGGUUUUCGAAGAUUUUUUGAAGGAGUGGAGAUUGGGUGAGAAUCUAACAGAGAGGGCAAGGGCGUUCCAUAAGAACAGUGCAGCCCAAGAGAAGUCUUUAAGGUGAGCAUCAGAGGUAGGAUGCGAACAGAGGUUAGACAUAGGUCUCCUGCAGAGUGUAGGGGCCUAGACGGGACAUAUUUGUGUAUUAGUAGGUGGGAACAGCAUUGUGUAGAGAUUUGUAAGCAAAUGUCAAGAUCUUAAAUUGAGCCCUAUAUCUUACGGGAAGCCAAUGUAGGGACUAACAACGGGGGAGGCAUGGGAGGUGUGAGCGAACAGGAAGAUAAGCCUCGCUGCCGUAUUCAUUAUAGACUGUAACUGGGCAAGUUGGGAACACGUAAGACCACUGAGAAGCGGAUUACAGUAGUCAAGGCGAGAGAGGACAGCAGCAUGGACAAGCACCUUUGCCGUAUCGGGUAUUAAAAAGGGUCAGAUGCGCACAAUGUUUUUGAGAUGGAAGAGGAAGGAUUUGGCAAUUAAUUGGACAGGAGGGGUGAAGGAGAGGAACAGCGUUGAUCUUUAUUAGCAUCACAUUUACAAUCUGAUACAUUUGUAGUCCUAGUAUUCAAAUAAGAUAUACCAGCUAUCUAAUAGAAGAAUUUAAUUGUAGGUAAUUGGCUUUAGCAAAACCUACAAUCUAAUAGAAGAAUUUGAUUGUAGAAAUUUUGAUUUUAUUUCAGUUUUAUUAUCUUUUUUUUUCAUUUCAGACAUUACCAGCCUCUUAUAUUCUUUCAUACUUUGCAUCUCAGGCUUGGUAUAUUAGUCAUCAUCAAUGUUUUCUCAAACCUCUUUUUCCUAUUAAAUGACUUUAAUUUAUAGAAAAAAACAUUAUUAUUAAUUUAAAAAAAAAAAAAAAAAGCUAAAACAUGAAAUAGCCAUACACAACAUUCAUACCUGAUGAUGAAACCCUCUUCCCUAGUGUCUCUGCAUUGCUAUUCAUAGUAAUAAUAUAUGAGCUAGCAUUUCUCUUUUCUUUUCCCUUCCUUUCUUGUCCCUUUUCCUUUACUCUCCUUUUCUCUCCCUUUCUUUUCUCUCUUCCUUUCUUUCUUCCCUUCCUCUUCUAUGUAUAUUCGUCUACUGCCAACAGUUUUUCUAGCCACUUAUUUAUGUGAAAUAGAUUUUUUUUUUCUUCAAAUUUCUGUUCAGACCUCCCUCCAUCCUAAGUUGCGAAACUAGUAGGUUUUUUACUAUAUCCCAGUUUUGGGAUAGAGUUUUGGUUGUCCACCUUUAAGCUAUGGAGAUCUUUGCUGCUAUUAAUGCGUGAGAAAAAAAAUGUUGCAAAUCUACAUUAUACUGAUAAAUAUUAAGUGUAAUAUACACAUUUCCGGGGCAAGGGGAAAAUUAAAUCCGGUUACCAUUUCUCUUUUAGACAGGAAUAUUUUCCAAAAUUCUUUAAGUGGAGGGCAACUCCACCAAAUAUGUAGACAAUCUCCAAUCCCCCUUCACAUAUCCAGCAUGUAUCUGUUUUACUCUGGUCUAUUUUAUUUAGAUGGCUAGGAACCAAAUAGAGUCUGUUAAUAAUCUUAAAAUGUAGUUCCACUAAGUUUAGGCAUUUAAUGUGCCUAGCAACUGUCAGCCAUGCUCUAUUGACCAUCAAUUUUUUGUAUUUUUAGAUCUUUCUCCCAUUUUUUUUAUCGCUGGAAAUGACAAGUCACCCUCUAGUUGUCUCAAUACCAAAUUACACUUAUUUAAUAAAUUUUUCAUGUCCUUACCUUUCAAUAAAUUUCCUAAUUUAUUAUUAAAUUCCCAUAUAUCUUUAUUUAAAGUUUUAUUCAGAUAGCUUUUAAUCCUCAUGUAAUUCAAUUUCUCGGUUUCGGGGAGACUAAAAUUAGUACAUAUUUGUUCAAACUAAUUAACCCAGGGUCCUGUUGUUAUAUCUUCUAUAGUUUGUAUACCUGCUCUUCUCCAAUUGUUUAGUCUUAGGUCUUGCAUGUUAUUAUCUUAAUGGUUAUUAAUAAAGGUUACAUUUAAUUUUUUUAGUGCAGGGUUAAAUAGGAAUUUUGUCCCCAUUCUAGGAACUUUUUUUUUUUUUUUUUUUUUUUUUUUUUUUUUUUUUUUUUUUUUUUUUUCAUUUUGUCUUGUUGUGUUUACUUUCCCUUUUUUGCCAUGUAUUAAGUCACCAUUUAAGGGUUAUCCCCCAUUUUUUGAGUGUUGAUAUAUGCGUUAUAUUUGCUCACUCUCUCGUUUCUGUUUGAAUGCUUUCCACGAUAUUACAGCUGAGGAAGGGAAGGUGUGGUUUGGCACAUGGGAAAAAAAUUGUUUUGGCUGAACUAUUUCAUCCAAAAAGAAAUACAAAUUGGGACAGUUGAAUUUCGGCCAUACGGCGGUUUGGCUUGUCCAAUUUUCGUUUAAAAAAAAAAGGUAUCAGAUGAACCAAUAGUUGUGUAAGUGGCAAAAUAGCCGUAUAUGGAGUAAGGUUCAAGUAAGAACUUAGGAUAGUAUAAAAGAGCAAGUCGGUUGUGGUGUGCCGAGACCGACGAUACGGUAGGCCUGUAAAUAAAGAGGGCAAAAGUGAAUAACCAAAAUAUUUAAUACAGUCAACAAUAAAUACAAUUAUCCAGAUAUAGCUUUAAAUGCAUUUCUUAAUUCUUGUGUUGGUUUGGGUAUAUAAGUGGUAUAGGCGGAUGACUUCCAAAGUCCCAGUGACUUUAUGACGUGCACUGGUAUGUUAGUGCUGGAAGCGGUGGAGGCCGCCCCUAUGCGAUAGGAGUGACCAGAGUAGUGAGAAGGGUUGAGACCUAGCAUUGUUCAGAUGUAUCUCACGAACAUAGUGGUAGUGAGUACAGAGCCUUGUAGUGCGAAUAAAUGUUGUGAUGGUAGUGAUGUGGUAUGUCGAAGGUAGGCGUCUAGGGCCGCCACUGGACACCAUUUGUUUUGGGUAGAGUAAUAAGUGAUAUCCACUGGAGGUGCGUGUUGGCUUGAUUUUGACGGUAAUGCCAGUAUGUAGUGGUCCAUAUGUUUGCAUAGGUGCUUGUGUAGCAGGCAUCGGUCUGUCUGAGUGGUGGUGAUAGUAGUGAAUUCCCUUGGCCUGAGGAACCCUUGGAAGGCUGUGAACAUGGCAGCUUUAAUGACUGUAUUGGUGGUAGAGUGGAAAGGUUUGGAUUCUAAUAGGUCGGAUAAUGACUGAAAAAGUGUAUUGUCUAUAGGUAAUCUCUGCGGGGGUCGUGGGGGCAUGGAUUUUUGAAUGCCUCUGAGUAUGUUCUUUACCUGAUAAGAUGACAUGAAGCUAUGUGUAUUAGGUCAUAGGGUUAGCAUAUGAUGUUGUAUGCCUGUAAGAUAUAAUUUAAUGGUGUUAUAUGAUAAGUGUAAUUUAAGAUGGCAAAAGGAAGUUAAGGCUAUAAUAGAUGUCAUGACAAACGGUUGGGAUAUUUCGUGAUCGGAUAGAAAUCUGGUGAAUAGCGCGAAGGCUCUGUUGUAUGUAUUGCGAGUGUUGGAUGAUAAAGCUAAUUUGGAUAGAUCCCUGCUAUGUUCCAUGAUUAAUUCUAGUCCAUGGUUAGCUGUAGGAACGGAGGGGCGGCUGUGGCUGCUUGAGCGGCUGACGGGAGUGCUUGUCGAAAGGCCUGAAAGUUGAAACGAGACAGACUGUCAGCUGCUAUGUUACUAAUACCUGGAACAUGAAAGCAAACCAAGUAGAAGUUGUGAUAUGCUGCAAACCACAUGAGUUUCCUGAGAAACCUCAUAAUUGUAUAGGAUGUUGAACAGCCUUUGUUGAUUAUGUGACAUGUGGCCUGGUUAUCUGAGUGGCAACGAACUGACAAGCCUGACCAUAAAUGUCCCCAUGCCACAGCAGCCGCUACAAUGGGGUAGAUCUCAAAAAGAGCUGAGGUUGUAAAAAAGCCUUCUAAGUCAUGGACUUCUUCAGGCCACUUACCCCAAAGCCAUUCGUUCCCAAAGAUGGCUGCAAAACCCGUGGUAGACGCCACGUCUGACCAUAUGGUUGGCGACAUGUCGGACAAUCCGGGGUGGAACAAGCUUUUGCCUUCCAGGUGGUCAAGAAUUUCUUCCACAUGUGUAGGUCUGCUGUGGCCUGUAGAUCCAUGGACAGUCUAUGGUUGAUGUGUUGGAAGUGUGGGAUAUGAAAGCUCGCCCUUGCAGGAUGAUGCGCAUGGCAAAGUUUAAGGAACCUAUGAGGGAUUGAAGUUCCUUGAAAUAUGUAGUGAUUUAUGCUGUUGAGAAUGUUUGUAAUUUGUGGUAAGCUUGCUUGCAUGGAUGCAGAGUCAAGUUGUAUGCCCAGGAAUGUAAUGAUGGUGUCUGGACCUUCUGUUUUCUUACGGGAUACUGGGACACCCAAGUGGUCAAACAGGCUAAGGGCUUCUUUGAGACUUCUGGGGGGAAAGGAGUUCCCUUCUAUCAGCAGAAAGUCAUCUAGGUAAUGGAUGACUAUGGGGCAUCUUGAAAUGUUUAGUAAUAACCAGCAAAGUGAUUCUGCAAAUGUGUCAAAGAUUUUAGGGCUACUUUUUGACCCAAAAGUUAAGCGGGAGAAAAAAUAUUUGUCUACCCAUUUUAUGCCAUGUAAGUGCCAGAGUGUAGGGUGGAUUGGUAGUAAUUUGAAGGCAUUUGUAAUGUCUGUCCAAGCUCCGACCCCUGUUUGCGCGAUGGCUGUGAUGGCGUAAUCUAUAGUGGCAUAUUGUAGGGAAAACACUUCGGAGGGAAUGAGGGAGUUGAGACUUGGGAUAGUAGAGGUAUGAGGGGCUGAAAGAUCUAUGAUGAGUCUCUGUUUAAUGGAAGAUUUCCCUGUGACAAUCCCGAUGGGAUUUGUGCGCCAUGGUGGGGUUGAAAAUGGCCCGAACAAGAACCCCUCUGCCAACUCUUGUGCUAUGAGCUUAUUUACCACCGUUGGGUUCUGUUUUGCUGAUUGCAAAUUAGGGCAUUCUAGAUGGCCAGUGGGCAUAUGUAUGAUGCCUGCAUGGAACCCCUCUAAAAAUCCAGAAAUUAGAAAAUCUACCAGAUGUUUGGAGGGGUGAUUGGUCAGUAGUGCUGCGAAGACAUCAAUGUUAACAGAUGUUAGGUAUGGUUUAGGGUAUAUUUUAUUUGGACACAUGGUUUUUGCAUGUGCCCUGAAACAUUGUGAACAAAUAUGCAACAGUUUGCAUGCACUAAAGCUACAUGUGCCGACAUUGAAAUUAUUGCAAAUCUGGAAUUUGCCAAAGAAAAUGAAGGGACAACCAAAUUUGUCUCUGGAGGUUGUCUCUGGAGCUAGUGCUGGGUAACUGACUGUGAUCGUCUGCCAUGCUAGAACAAAAAUUUGUAGUGUGGGUAGUAGAAGAGCAGGAUGCACAAGCCGGUGUUUUGAGACCUGCGAAGUGCCUACAGAAUAACUCCGUAUCUAGUCUGCUCCAGUUGAUAUGGGUACCAGAGAGAGCACCAGACACUUUGGUGGAAAAUGACCUAUGAAAAAGCCGACACACCAUAUUUGUUUCCCAGGUCCACCAGCUUGUGCAUGUAACGAUUGAAUUAAUCUCUUCUAUUAGGGUACACCUCACAAAUAACACCUCUAAAUACUCCAAAAGCUAAAACAAAUUCAGGGAUGGUCAGUUUUCGGUUUAACCUGGAGUCCUUAGAUCUGACCACCACCGAUACUUCGUCAUACAUAUAAGUCUUAUUUUCAACCACAUCCUGGGAGGCAAUUAGUAGGAAUGCUAGGUUGACAUCUUUGCCCUCCAUGAUGUCUCUUUUUUUAAUGUGGGCUGGGAUCCUGUGUGCAGGAUCAACGUCCUGAGUAUCUGACGAGUUAACAUUACCAGUAGCCCGUGGUUCGGUUGGUGCCGGUUGUACGGUGUCUGGAAGGCCUGCCUUGGUGAGGGCUGUGGUGACUGCCUCGAGGUUAGCUAGUCUGUCAUUAACCGUGCCCAUGGAGUUCAUGAGCGAGGCCAGCAUAGCCUGGAUGUCACCCGAGUUGGUGUUGCUGGGGCCUUACCCCGCUUCUGUGUUGUUGGUUGCUGUGCUUAGGAGUUUAACCCCUUAAAGACCAAACUUCUGGAAUAAAAGGGAAUCAUGACAUGUCACACAUGUCAUGUGUCCUUAAGGGGUUAAAUAACUCCGCUUUCCUUGCUGUAGCAGGGUAGGGAAUUUGUCGCCUCCUUAGCUCGGUGGUGAUGCAUGGUAUUGUCCAGGAUCUGAUUGACGCUGCACUGGCAAGAUCUCCCCUGCGUGAAAGUGUCUCGACCCUAGCUGGGGUGUUAGGAAGAGAUAACUCUUCGCCACAUUCAUGAGACAUACUUUAACUAAAAUAAAAGGUAAAAUUAUUAUUUGAACCGGGUCUUUUAGUACUGGCUUGUUAGCUAUGCCGUGCGGCAAAACCAUUAUGCUCAUGUUUUUGUGACUGGUGAGGCCCUACUAGAGGCUCUAUCUAUGCGUUGGUGCGAUUGGAUUUUUGUGGCCACCAAUCAUAGUGGCAGGAUGUUGGCCUCUCGGUGACAGUAACCAGAAAAUAGGAAGGGGAGUGUCAGGUGAGGCCCUCUCUAUGAUACGUGCGAGGCGACUAACUCACGAGUGGCCCGAGGGGUGUGAGGCGGGGUGUUGGUCUCGCUGGACCGCUAAUCUGAAGCAUAGAAAGAGGGAAAAUAGCUAUUGGCCCCUAUGACCCUAAUUGCCAGUACUUAUAUCUAAUUUGUGGGAGAUCAGAUAUGGAUAUACUGUGAGCAGGUGUACGUACCUAGAAGUAUAGUUUUGGAAACCUGACAAUCCGUAUAGAUAGCAGUUGUACCUGUAACUAAAUAGAUGGAAACCGUAUGAAAAUAAAGACAAUCGGCACAACCAUUUCUUUUCUUAAUAAUGUUUGGCUGUUUGACCUGUAGAGGUCAGUGGAGAUGAUAUUUGUAAGAUCUCCGUUAUGUACUUGCCGGCCUGUAGGUGGCAGUGUCCGAGUUGUAGUAUGGUGGAUAGUAUGUGACGUGAGUUCUGAGUUUUAGAUUUAUAUGUGAUGCCUGUAUAUGUUUGAUUUAGGGUGUUUCAGUAGGGCAUAUAUUAUUAUUAUUAUGGGGAGAUAUGUAUGUUGAUAGGUGAUCAUAGUAUGUAUGAUACAAAAUAUUAUUUGGUAUUUAUGUGUAAUGACUGGCUAUUUAUUAAGCACGUGGAUUGACAAUUUAGUUGUUUGGUGUUCAUUUUAUAGGGGUCAGUGUUUGUAAAAACCCAGUGAAAAUAUAUGAAGUGGUCUAUAGGUAGAGAUUAUAUAUAGAGGUCAGUGGAGAUGAUGUUAAUAGCAAUGUAAUUGCUGGCCUAUAGGUGGCAGUAACCAAAACGUAGAACCACCGUUGUCAUGUAUUGUGACAUUUAUAAUUAAAGGACCACUAUAGUGCCAGGAAAACAUGCUCAUUUUCCUGGCACUAUAGUGCCCUGAGGGUGCCCCCACCCUCAGGGUCCCCCUCCCGCCCGGCUCUGGAAGGGGGAAAGGGGUUAAAACUUACCCUUUUCCAGCGCUGGGCGGGGAGCUCUCCUCCUCCAAACCUCCUCCGUUCCUCCCCGUCGGCUGAAUGCGCACGAGUGGCAAGAGCAGCGCACGCAUUCAGCCGGUCGCAUAGGAAAGCAUUUACAAUGAUUUCCUAUGGACGCUUGCGUGCUCUCACUGUGAAAAUCACAGUGAGAAUCACGCAAGCGCCUCUAGCGGCUGUCAAUGAGACAGCCACUAGAGGAUUUGGGAGAAGGCUUAACCCAUUCAUAAACAUAGCAGUUUCUCUGAAACUGCUAUGUUUAUAAAAGAAUGGGUUAAGCCUAGCUGGACCUGGCACCCAGACAACUUCAUUAAGCUGAAGUGGUCUAGGUGCCUAGAGUGGUCCUUUUAACACAUGUAUGAAUGGAACAUAUGAAUAACCAUGCCAGUGUAGCCCGUACAGAGUGUUUUUAGGCAAAAGUUGUCACAUAAUGUAUGUAUUGUCCUGAGUUUUGGAUUUAGUACUUUACUGUAGGUAAAUGCCCUGCUGAACCCUUUAAAGUAGGCAAUACCCCAAUGAAAAUAAGUUUUAAACCCAAUAAUUAGCCCGUUCAUGCGUUUGACCGCACGAACAGGACCAAUAUAUAUGUGAUAUGUUAUACCAUGUGUGGCCGCACGGAAGUAUACCAAGUUCGGUUUGCAGGGAUAUGAAACUUAGUUUAAUGUCUCCAGUUCGUGUUGUUAAACCGCACGAACCGGCCAUAACUGUCUGAUAAUAGACUAGUGAUAUAUGUACAUAGUGAGGUGUAGCCUGUGAUGGUAACAGGCAGGCACUAAGUAGGUGUCCCGUGGGAAGUUUGAAUGUGAUGCCCGUAACGUGGCUAAAUGGUACUGUUACCCGCUGUACCCGUAAUGGAAAAUGCCAUAACCGUAAAAGUGGUUUAAACACAGGUUUGUUUUUUAUUUGUGCAGUGUACACCGCACGAACAGUGAUUGAUUGCAGUAUGGGAGUUUGUAAAUGCCCGGCGGGCAGGAAACCAGUAGAGUUCAACAAUGUAAAUCGUUCAUGAGUACGAAUGAGUGAUGUGUGUUACAAGUUAUAGGAAUACGUAGACUCCGUUCAUAAAUUAACGAUUUAAGCGAGUUUUCCCGUUCGGAACUAUACGAAAGCAUACAUAUGAAAGAUACAUAGAAUAUGCAUGGUAGUUUAUAUCCGAACCGCAAGAUGCACGAACGGUUUGCAUAGAGAAUAGGAUGUGACAGCCGAAACUGAUAGUGACCGUAAAGUGAGGACCUGCCCCCAUGACCGAUGCCGUGGGACUGGUGCCUGGCAUAACAGGUAGGUCAACUUACGGUUUGUGAGUCACUAGUACGUCAUCUGCGGCGAUGCAAGAAGCUGGUCUGACGGAAAAGCCUGCAGCUGGAUUCCUGGACACAGUUCAGCGUGGAAGAACUCGUGAGAAAACAAAGGCAUUCCAAAAUGGCGACUGGAUGAACCGGAAGUGCAUUCAGAAGCUGACCUUGAUCGGUAAAGAGGUUAACUUAAGCCCCUCCCACAAUUACAGGACAAACUGCCUUAAUACCUGUGAAAAUGUGCCAACCAGUAUACUGCAAAAUACAGUUGCAAGAAAAAGUAUGUGAACCCUUUGGAAUGAUAUGGAAUUCUGUAUAAAUUGGUCAUAAAAUGUGAUCUGAUCAUCAUCUAAGUCACAACAAUAGACAAUCACAGUCUGCUUAAACUAAUAACACACAAAGAAUGAAAUGUUGCCAUGUUUUUAUUGAACACACCAUGUAAACAUUCACAGUGCAGGUGGAAAAAGUAUGUGAACCCCUAGACUAAUGACAUCUCCAAGAGCUAAUUGGAGUGAGAUGUCAGCCAACUGGAGUCCAAUCAAUGAGAUGAGAUUGGAGGUGUUGGUUACAGCUGCCCUGCCCUAUAAAAAACACACACCAGUUCUGGGUUUGCUUUUCACAAGAAGCAUUGCCUGAUGUGAAUGAUGCCUCGCACAAAAGAGCUCUCAGAAGACCUACGAUUAAGAAUUGUUGACUUGCAUAAAGCUGGAAAGGGUUAUAAAAGUAUCUCCAAAAGCCUUGCUGUUCAUCAGUCCAUGGUAAGACAAAUUGUCUAUAAAUGGAGAAAGUUCAGCACUGCUGCAACUCUCCCUAGGAGUGGCCGUCCUAUAAAGAUGACUGCAAGAGCACAGCGCAGACUGCUCAAUGAGGUGAAGAAGAAUCCUAGAGUGUCAGCUAAAUACUUACAAAAGUCACUGGCAAAUUCUAACAUCCCUGUUAGCGAAUCUACAAUAUGUAAAACUCUAAACAAGGAUGGAUUUCAUGGGAGGAUACCACAGAGGAAGCCACUGCUGUCCAAACAAAACAUUGCUGCACGUUUACAGUUUGCACAAGAGCACCUGGAUGUUCCACAGCAGUACUGGCAAAAUAUUGAAACCAAAGUUGAGUUGUUUGGAAGAAACAUACAACACUAUGUGUGGCGAAAAAAAGGCACAGCACACCAACAUCAAAACCUCAUCCCAACUGUGAUGUAUGGUGGUGGGGGCAUCAUGGUUUUGGGCUGCUUUGCUACUUCAGGGCCUGGACGGAUUGCUAUCAUCGAAGGAAAAAUUAAUUCCCAAGUUUAUCAAGACAUUUUGCAGGAGAACUUAAGGCCAUCUGUCUACCAACUGAAGCUCAACAGUAGAUGGGUGUUGCAACAGGACAAUGACCCAAAGCAUAGAAGUAAAUCGACAACAGAAUGGCUUAAAGAGAAGAAAAUAAAGUGGCCCAGUCCUGACCUCAACCCGAUUGAGAUGCUGUGGCAUGACCUCAAGAAAGCGAUUUACACCAGACAUCCCAAGAAUAUUGCUGAACUGAAACAGUUCUGUAAAGAGAAAUGGUCAAGAAUUACUCCUGACCGUUGUGCACGUCUGAUCUGCAACUACAUGAAACAUUUGGUUGAAGUUAUUGCUGCCAAAGGAAGUUCAACCAGUUAUUAAAUCCAAGGGUUCACAUACUUUUUCCACCUGCACUGUGAAUGUUUACAUGGUGUGUUCAAUAAAAACAUGGCAACAUUUCAUUCUUUGUGUGUUAUUAGUUUAAGCAGACUGUGAUUGUCUAUUGUUGUGACUUAGAUGAUGAUCAGAUCACAUUUUAUGACCAAUUUGUGCAGAAAUCCAUAUCAUUCCAAAUGGUUCACAUACUUUUUCUUGCAACUGUAUAUACAUAAUAAAAAUAUAGUGCAUUUGAACUGCUCUCUCAGAAAUCCUAAAUGGACAGGGUUUUUGAGGUAAGAGCAGACCCUAAAGAAUGAGAAUAAUGCAAGAUUGGUGAACCCCUUUAUGAUUUCAAUAUUUUAUAGCAUAAUGCUAUAGAAAUAUAUCUAAAUCAUAUUUUGGUAUGUGCCCCAAGUAAGUAGGAUAAUCUUAUAAGAGCAGACAUUAUGUUGUUAGAAUGACAAAAAUGGGUACAUUGGCUUUGUGGUACAACUAAGCAACAUAUGAUAUUUGCUGUAACUAAAUCACCAUUGUUUUUGGCUAUCUCAGACUUUUUAAAAGUUGUUAAAAAAUUCUGGAUGUUGAAACUAGCUUAAAACUAAAGGAGUGUACUAACAUUUGCCCAAUGUAUCAUUUAUCUUGUUCUAGUAGCACCCUUAUAAUAUAAAGUGAGUGCACACCAUAUAUAUAAAUAUUUGUAGUCGGGGAUAUUAAGCCGUGUCUGUAGUAGUAGGUGAUGAUUGCUAGUCGGUUGUGGUGUGCCUGAACCGACGAUCGGGUAGGCCUGAAAUAAUGAGGGCAAAAAGGUUUUUUAAACAGAACACUUUAAUGCUUUAUAAAUUCAGAUGAGCAAUUCCUUGAAAGCUUUCUUAAGUUCUUUUUCUGGCUGUGGAAUGUAUUUGCCGUAAGCUGCUGAUUUCCACCUUCCUAGUUUUUAAUGAUGUGUACGGGUACAUUAUUGCUGGAUGCGGCUGAAGCAGCGCCGAUCCUAAAUGAGUGUCCUGAGAUGGACAUGGGGUCGUGACCUAGUCUGACCGCCAAGGCUCUUACGUAGUGUAUGAAUUUAGCCAUGGUAAGGGGUUUGUCGGCAAUUGUGAGUAGGGGUGAGUAGCUUUGUUUGUCUUUGAGGGAAAGGCAGAAAGUAUCUAGAACUGUCACCGCACACCAUUUAUUAUGGGUCGUGAAGUACUGGAUCUCUGUAGGAGGUCCCAUCAGAUUUGUUUUGAAUUGUCUUAGAAGCAGUGGUCCCCCAUUUUUUGUAGAUCCCUUAUUCUGAUGUAACUUGUGUUGACAGAUAGACUGUGCACCAUGAAUUCAUUGGGCCUUAAGAACCCUAGAACGCUAUGUACAUAGCCGUUUUGAGUACGCAGUUAGUACUAGGUUCAAAUGGGCUGGAAUCUAACAGAUCUGAUAGAUCCUUAAAUUUAUUCCGGUUAAUUGGUUGUCUUUUGGCUGUUGGAGGGCCCUCUGUAUGAAGUAUACCUUUCAGGACGUUUUUCAGGAGAUAGGAUGACGUGAUAGGUUUGUGACAGGGAAAUAAGGUAAAUGGUGAUGUAGGCCCGUGAGGUAAAGUUUGAUGGUGUUAAGUGCCAGCUUAAGGUGUAGGUGGCAGUGACCGGUGAAAGCAACUAUUGUGUCGAUGGAAAAGGUGUUGGUGAUGUGGUGUUCGGAAGUGAACCUGGAGAAAAUAGUAAGUGCUCUAUCGUAGGACUUCUUGGUGUUGUCUGACAGAGCAGAUUUUGCCAACGUUACUGCGUGUUGUUUCAGCCGUAUCAGUCCAUUAUCAGGUCCUGAAAUGUGGGGGUCGGCUGGGGUUUGAUGGCUGCCGUGGGGUGUUGUUCGAAAAAGGCUUGAAAGUUGGAGCGAGAGAGAGUGUCAGCUGCAAUAUUUUCCCGACCCAGUAUGUGCAUGCAAACCAAGUGGAAGUUGUGAGUUGCUGCCAGCCAUGUGAGUCUCCUCAUGAGUCUCGUGAUAACCAGGGAUGCGGAUCUGCCUUUGUUUAUGAUCUCGCAUGUGGCCAAGUGUGUGCGGCUGCCACUAUUGGGUAAAGUUCGAAAAGCGAAGAUGUGGUAUUAAAUGCCUGUAAUGUUGAGGUUUCAGAUGGCCACGAGUCACGGAACCACUGGUUGUUGUAUAUGGCCGCAAACCCUGUGUUGGCUGCUGCAUCGGUCCAUAUGACCAGGGAAUCUACGUCGAGUGGGGGUAUGAACAUUGACCUCCCAUUCCAGGAGGAAAGAAAUCCGCCCCAUAUCCGUAAGUUGGUGUUAUCAUCGAUGUGAAUGUGAGUAUUGUCGUGGGGGGUCUCCGUUAGGAGGUGUAGCAAGCGUGAAAUGAAUGCCCGACCCUGUGGUAUAAUGCAGUUCGCAAAGUUUAGUGAGCCCAGGAGAGGGCUUUUUGCGGGAGCAAUUGUUUUUCCUCAUGAACCAUGUGAUUUCGUUAGUGAUGCAGUUAACCUUCCUGUCUGGUAGAUUCGCCACCAUAGAGGUGGAAUCGAGAUGGAUCCCUAAGAAGGUUAGGGCUGUAGAGGGACCUAUCGUCUUUUCCCUUGAUAGAGGGACUCCUAGUGUGGAGAAAAGUGCCGCAGUUUUAUCUAUGCUGUGUGGAGUACAGUUAGGUUCCUCUACCUUGAGGAAGUCAUCCAGGUAGUGUAUUGCUACUGGGCAGCCACACACAUUUAGUAGUAGCCAGCACAGUGUUUUGGCGAACGUGUUGAACAGUUUGGGACUGCUUUUGGCCCCAAACGUCAAACGCGUGGCGAAGUAGUACUGGCCCUUCCAUUUAACUCCAUGUAAAUGCCACAGGGACGGAUGUAUUGGUAGCAAUUUGAAAGCAUUAGUGAUAUCGGUUUUUCCUAACCAGGUGCUUUUACCUGCCUUCAAGAUUGCCCCCAUUGCGUUAUCCACUGUGACAUACUGUAGUGAAAAUCCACUGGAUGGUAUUAAUGAAUUAAUGCUAGGAACCACAGAUGAAUGAGGCACUGAUAGGUCAAUGAUCAUGCGUUUUUUUUUUUUUAUUGUUGAAUUUCCCAGUUGCAAUGCCAAUUGGGUUAGUUCUGAAACUAGCGUAUAGGGGGUGUGUAAAUGGGCUUAUCAUGAACCCGUGGUUCAUCUCUGCAGUGAGCAGCGCGUCGGUGGUGACCGGGUCUAGUAUGGAUGAUUGCAGGUUCCUGCAUUCUAGGGUGCCCCCGGGAGUUGCCACUAGCCCCGUGUGGAAUCCUACCGUGAACCCUGUGGUAAGGAACUCGACCAAGUGAGGGGAGGGGUGGUUGGAGAGAUAAUAGGUGAGGUUGCUAACAUUAAUUUCCGUGAGUCAUUGUCUAGGGAAAAGCUGAUUAGGACAUAUGGUCUUCACGUGUGCCCUAAAGCAAAGGGAACAGACAUGCAACAAACGACAAGCGCUGAAGCUACAGCCUCCCGCAUUGAAGUUAUUGCAUAUCUGUGCUUUACCGAGGAACACGAUGGGUCUGCCCAGUUUGUCCUUGAUCACCCUGUCUGAUUUGAGGGUGGGCUCUGUGUGGCUAGUGGAGGGCUGGCUCAGUUCAGAAGGGCACAGAUUGGUGUGAUGUGCAAAUGGAACAAGACGGAGGCUUGAGGCCGGCGAAGUGGCGGCAGAACAGUUCCGUAUCUAGUUGGCUCCAGUCUGAGCGUAUGUUAAACUGAACCAGCGCUGCCGCUGCCUUCGCCAAGAAUGACCUAUUACAAUCAUAGAAAGAGUAGCCUCUGUACUUGUUGCCUAGGUCCACCAAUUUGUGGAGGUAAAGGUCCAGCUCUCCAGCUCCUCUCUGCGUUGAGGGAAGACAGAACAGAUGACGUCCCUGUAUAAGCCAAAAGCUAUCACAAAAUCAGGGAUGGCCAGCUUCUUGUUGUACUCAAGGCUGGGGUCCCUAGCCUUGAGUACAACAGAUACCUCCCCAUAGCAGUAAGCCUUGUUUUCUAUCAAGUCUUGGGAUGCUAUGAGGAGUGAUACCAGGUUGACAUCUUUCCCUUCUAAAAUGUGUUUCUUAAUAGCCUGGGCCACUAAGUGGGCAGGUGUGAUGAAGUGUGUGGGUGUAGGUGCUGGGUUGGAAAUUGGGCUGUUACCUGGGUUAGGCAAAGUCUGUGGUAGCAUGGAGGGGAUAGCUGAUGGAGUGAUUAUGGCCACUUGAUUUUCAAGUUUCUCCAGUCUCUCAUUGAUGAGGUUAACUGAAGAAAGAAGAGCGGACAUUGUGGCCUAAAGUCCAGACAUGCUUCCGUCAAUUGCUUGUGUGCUGGUGCCUGGUCGCAGGGUGUCGGGGUCAGCGUUCAGGAGGCGGUAUAGUUCCGCUUUGCGGGCAGUGGCCGGGUAUGGUAUGCCUCGUCUCCUUCAGCUGCGAUCUUUGGUAUGGUCCAAGAGUGUAGGGACGCUGGACUAGCCUCUCUACAUUAUCAACUGGGGUACUUGGUCUGGUUGGGCUGGAGAUUCUGGCUGGGGUGCUGGGUAGGGAGACAUCCUCGGCUAUGUCUGAAGCAUGUGACAUUCUAUAACAUGAGUUAGGGGACAUUGAUUCAAUUGGGGGAAGAGUAUUAUUGGGAGAGUUGUUUACGUUUUUUGCGUGGAGUGAAACUCCUUGUAAUGGAGGAGUGAUUGGGGUGCUCAUACGUGUCUAUGGUGAUUUUGCCCGUGAUGCCGGUGGGCCAAGUGGUCUUUGUUUGUGAGGGCCGAAUAAGCGUGAUGACGUGCGACGUAGAGUGAACUAUGGAACGAUGUGGGGGUGUCGUGCCUCGGUGGUGAGUUUGAUGGAUUUAUCCACUGAAUGUGGAUGUGGUUAGGGACCCGUGAUUGAAAUGUGGCUGUUGUGUUGGUAUUGUAACCUGUUGGUCUGUCAGGUGCGUGUCUGACAGGGUGAUUAAUGGGAGAAAUAGACGGGAAAAGAAACAUGAUACUUACUUGUGGUUAGCGAGUUUGCGCGAUAGCCUUGACCUACGGGAAGGAAUUAAUAUUUUCCAGACUGUUAUGGCACGUGGGUUGCCUGAGAUGGCUUAGAGACCUACGAAGAAGAACAGUAAAAAAAUUUUUAUUUUAAAUUUUUUUUAUUUAUUUUUUUCUGACGUUUGUAAGUGUGGCCAUGUGGGGAUGUAUUACCUGCACGAAACUUGUCCGGUGGAUACGGGGUUGAAGUUUGCGGACUAUGCGUUGUCCCGCAUAGCCUAAGUGAUGAUUAGAGUGAGUAUGUGACCGUGAUAUUGUUGUUGCAUUGACAAGAUUCUUCUCUUACUUACCUAUGUAUUUAUGGUAGUGCGGUACGCAAUGAUUUGGUAUCCUAUGUUAGGGAUUGCCUAGAUAAAAUACACGAAUGGGGAACUGAGUUAAACAUUUUUUUAUUUUUUUUUGUGUGUGUGUGGUCCCUUUUAAUAACGAGCUUCUCUCCCCCCCCGCCCCCCUCUCAUCCCCCAGACUUUGAAUAUAUUGUUGUGGUUGUAUAUAUAUUAUAUAAUUUUGAGAUUGGCUGUGGCUGAUGGGAGUGAUGGCUGGUUUAUUAGAGCAGGAGAAAAACUGUAAUUGUGCAUACUUUGAAAUUGCCACGUGGAUAUAUUUAUUGUAGACGUAAUUUAGAAGAGGAAAGUGGUUAUCAUAACAAAUGACUGGAAAGGAAACAUGCACCAAGUGCUAUUUGACUCCUGAGCUAGUGGGGGUCUGUGUUUGUAGCCGUGAGUUUGUGAAGACCAGGGGAGGGGGAGCUCGGCAUUCGGCUCGUGUGAGUGUGUGCUUGCCGGCCUCUCCGCUCCCCUGAUUGGUGGACUGUGUGUCCGAUGUGUAUAGAACUUGUGUGGGGGGGGGUUUUGGCAUUUGGCACUAGUGUGUGCUUGCCAGCCCCUCCGCUCCCCUGACAGGUGGACUGUGUGUCAGGUGUUAAGGAGCGACCCGGAAGGAGGCGUGUGCUGGGUACUCACGUGACCGAUAGUGAUUGCGGGCUGGAAGUGACGGUGGCAAUGAGCUGGCGGAAGCACGCAAACUGCCCGAAAUUACUCAUGGUCCUAGUGCAGGACCUGACUGCAUCUGGCUGAAUGCCGUCGGGAAGGGGGACACUCCGGUCGUUGGGAUGGUGCUGGCUGCGUGCAAUGAGGGUUUCCUUGUUGAUUAGAGGUUUUCUUGCUGGACCGGAACCGGAAAUGGACACAGUGGAGUCUGGGUCAAUCUUGGCCCUGAUUAGAGGUAGGUCUGGGUAUAAAUAGGCCGGUUAACCCCUUCCACAACUACAGGCUCUGCCUUAACAUAUAACAUAUAUUAUAAUCGCGUUCUAGUAACACACAAACACACACACACACAUGAAAUCAUUGAUAUGGUCCUAUUGCUAGAGUAGGACCUGCCAAGAAUGGGGUACAUUGACGUUGUGGCAGGCUUAUGCAAUAUGUGAUCAUAUAAUGUAACUAAACCCCCAUUAUUUUUUGCCUAGGUGAGGUGUUUUUAAAUAAAACUAUUACAAUCUGUGAGAUUUGAAAUCAUUGAAUAAGCAAGUGCGCUGGAUUGUGUAUUUGUAUGUGUGUGUGUGUAUAUAUAUAUAUAUAUCCUCCAAAAAGGGUAGCAGCACUCUCGGAUUUAAAAGUCCAAUCUUUAUUAGUUCAAAGUUAAAAGAUGUGUUUUUUUUUUAACUUUGAACUAAUAUAAUUAAUAAACUAAUAAUAUUAUAUAUGUGUGUGUGUGUGUGUGUGUGUGUGUGUGUAUAUAUAUAUAUAUAUUAUACACGUCUCUUUCUUGGUUAUGCCCAGUUCUCUAUUCACAUUCCCUGUUUAAUUUUAAAUGAUGUGAGAUAUUCAUUUUUUAUUUUUUUUAACGAGUUUCUCUGUGCAGUUAUCAGUAUUUAUAAAAAUUAGAAAUGAUAAACUGCUCACAUGAUCAACUGAAGCUCUAUCCCAAUUAUAUGGUCUGAUCUGUAAUAUUGGACACAUUCAAGACAUGAAAAUCAUAUGAUCACUGCCCUGAUCUUUUAAUUGCCUAUCUGAAUAAUGUAUUGUGCAGCAUUUGGGCAAAAUUAGAAGCAUUCUAUGAGCUGGGAUAAAAACAAUAAACCAAGUAAUAAGUUUCUGUAGAUGUGAGUGUCCUUAGGAAGAGUUCAACAAAACUACUCUAUGAUGUAAUUUGAAGGGUAGGGGCAAAUGCAAUUUAUUUUGUAGGGUUUGGAUAGCUGUGCCCUAGUUCUGUUUUGAAAUUCUGACAUUUGCGGUGUAUGACAAUAGCUGAAGGAAUAACAUGGGCAUCAGGUGUGUGUAAGUAUGGAUUAGGGUGCUGUUAUUGUUGCUAUUAUUUAAUCAGAUCUACCAUAUUCCACAGUAAUACAAAUAAAAGGGGGGUGCUAUAAUAUAAAAGAAAAUUAUAUAAGUCUUUAAAUUGAUAGAGGUCCUAGUAGCGGCACACCACUAAUUUAGGCAUUUGGGCAUUUGGCUGAAAUUGACAUAAACCAAUUCGAAAUUGCAAAUUAACUCAAAGGCUGAUUGCCCAUGCAUGUUUUGGGCAGUACACGUAUAAUGUGAAGUGUACCAAUUAGAGAGAUAUUCUGCCUUAUAAAAGCCUUUGGGAGCACGGAGUAAGGAAGCCUCAUUACGUCCUGACGAAGCCGUCUGAGAACGGCGAAACGCGUAGUCGACGUCAGCAAGCACGCAAGGUGGGAGGAACCAAGUGGAAGCCGGGAGGUUUGAACAGCGAUUGCAUUACAGCAGAUCAGUUUACAAUCUGGACUUCAUAUAUCGGAACCUCGUCUGACUUACCUGUAGGAGACCUCUCCCAGUGUGGGGAAGCGUGCUUGUGAGUCACGGGAAAAUAUACCUUUGUACUCACCAUCAACUCUAGUAAGCAGUUAUCUGUUUACCAUUUUCAGUUCAUUUUUGAGUGCUUUGUAUUUUGUAUUUUUAAUGUUUUAAUGUGUAUAAAUUGUUGUUCAAUUAUUAAAUUUAUUAAGUAUACAAAAAAAUGCAUGUGUUAAUUAGCACUAUAUCAAAAGGUGCAAUUUAAAUACCAUAUAUACAGAUCUGCACUAUCAUUAUUUUUAAUUAUUUUUAUAUGCAACAUGAUUUUGAACGUGUGACUGCUACCCAUUGAGGAGUAUAAGUAUAUUUAUUCCUUCAUUUCCUAAUUUUGGUUGCAUGUGGGAAGGGGCUGAUCACCUAAAUGUCGCUCCACUUCUUGAAAUAUAUUUUAUAUAGAAGAAUUGAUUACUACAGUAACAUCUUUUAUUUAUUUGUUUUUUAUGUCUAUUUAUUUAGGUAUAGUUGAUAAAGCUGUUUGAGAGUCACAUAUUAAGACCAUGUUAAUUAAUAUGAAUACAUUUUUGUUUAAAACCAAAAUUAAUAUUAAUUAGACUAAUAUAACAGACCGGGCAGGGGGUUUUAAAAUUCAACUAAAUAAGAUUUAGGAUAUGCAUAAGCUGUAUAAGUAUGCGUAAGGAGGGAAAGUUUUCUUAAUGUAAGGGUAUACUGCCGAUCUGAAUAUAUAAGGAUGAUAUAAAUGAUUAUUGAAUGAGACAAUAUGGAUGUACAGACCACAGGAUGUAUAACGUAAAAUGUGGCACUAUAUUAUUAUAUAUUCUGUAAUUUAUAUUGUAUUACUUUGUAAUUUGGAAAAAAGAAGGAAAAUUUAAAUAUAAAUUCAAAUAUGAAAAAAAACAAAAAGGAGGGGCGUGGCUAACUGCCGAACGGAGUAGUCGCAUGCUGUAAACGCUCCGUGCUUCACCAGGCCCAAAGCAACAAUUGAGCUUCUAAAAAAACAGCUCCAACCAAUUGCAAACAGCAGGGACAUCUCCCGACAGCUUCAUGGCACUAUCAAAGCAAACUAAACUUACCGACCCGGUACGCCAGGGCAAGAAAGACCGCAUGAAGCAGGCACAAGAUGGCGACUGCCACAUGGAACAACCACCAUCUCCGGAGUGCCACACUGAUCUGGACAGUGAACCACAGGCACCAGACGAUAUACCGGUCACAAAUAAAAGCCUACACUUUAUGCUCCAGGACCUGAAGGCAUCCCUCCGUUCCGACUUCCGUGAACUUACCAGCGACUGAGGAAAAACAUAGCGGAUAUAGGAGGCCGCACCAGCCACCUGGAAACCAAGACAGAGGAACAAUGCGCAUCCCAUAACGAUGUGGCUGAUAAGCUGCAGAGGCUGGAAGAGGAACAAACCGCUCUAAAACACAAAAUGGCGGACAUGGAAGACUGGUCACGGCGCAACAAUUUGAGAUUCCGAGGCAUCAGCGACUCCAUCAACACUGAGACACUCCCACAAAAAGGCUCUCUGUAAGGCCCUGGUACCGCAAAUCGAGGACCCUGCUUGGGAGCUAGACCGUAUGCACAGAUUACCUAGACUGGCACGCUUUACCGCUGACACACCCAAAGAUACCAUUGCACGAUUUCACCACUACAGCACCAAAGAACAAUUUCUAAACGUGGCAAGGAAACUUACCAACCUGCCAGAACCAUAUCAAAACAUCCAAAUAUAUGCUGACCUCUCCGCGGCAACGAUGGCGAGAAGAAGGGAAUUCGUGUAUGUCAACAAGACUCUGCGUAAUAACAACAUCCCCUACCAGUGGGGAUACCCAACGAAGUUGUUGGUGUGGUACCGGGGAAGGUCUGUGUUAAUUCUAGAACUGGAGGUGGGCAUGGCGAAAAUGAAAGAGUGGGCCUACAUCACGCCCAAGGGCAAGCUUUUCCCCGACGAAACUGAUGCCAGAAUGGAGAAUGGCAGGCGCCGCCACAGAGCCUCAACAACAGGACUAGAGUGGACGGUUCGCCUGGGACUCCCUGACGUCCAGAACUUGAGUAUCACAAAUGUAUUGUUAUAAGUUAUGAUUAACUAUGCGGCCUUGUAUGAUGUUGGAGUGGAGAGUACAGAGUACAGUUCUGACAGGUGUAAGUAGGGCGAUGAGAUGGCUACAAAUUUAAAAUGAAGGGAAUGCUGCUUGGUCCCUGCAUCGCACACAAAAGUCUGAAUCAGACCGGCAAUAAGCAACACAGUACCCCAGACUCCCCUAAUUCAUUAGCAUUGCAACCCAGGUCAAGUGGUUUUACUCACCACGAUGCAGCAAACCCAGUCCUUCAAGAACAUGUAGCGUGAAUGGGGAUAAGCACGUGUAAUGAACCCUAGGGAUAGGUGAAGUAGGGUGUACCAACAACUAGCAUACAAGUAGCCAUUGUAAAUAGUGCAUUAACAGCCACAAUUAUUGCCUAAUGCUCGCACCGAGAUCGUUUUGCUAUUUGUUUCAAUGUCAAUGAUGUAAAAAUAUUAGCAGGGGCACGGGUGUGCAGUUAUUGUGGGAACUACACAAAGCAACACGGCCACAUGUGAGUGACAAGAUGGGGGGCGACCCCUCAGACUAACAGGGGAUCGCACCCAGGAGGGACCCCUUGGAUAGCAACACCGCGACUAGGCAGCCCAGUGGCACCAUACAUUGCUCACAGCUGAACUGGCCACUGGAGAGCUAUGUCAGAGGCUUCCCGAGUAUACUCGCAAGGACAAGGCAUCCUGCGCCUUCGCCUCCAUCUGAAAACCCACAUUAGGUACAGUCAUCUAGCCAUAAGAGCCCACCCACCCCGAGGGAGGCAUGGCGGUGGUAUCAGGCCUCUCUCACACAGGCUGCACCUGCAGACAGGAAAACAAAUACUAAUGAAAAAAAUAAAUAAAUUAAAAAAUAAAUAAUAAUAAAAAUAAAUAAAUUUAAAAAAAGGAAAUAUAUGUAUGACAAGUACACCGUUAUGUAGACAUUGCUCUGUAGGCCAGCAUCAUCGAGGUUGCAAACAGCUUCUUCACCCAAUAAGAGUUAGCUUGCUGACCUGGAUGCGGGAGCCCCCGGUGGCUCCACAAACACGCUGAGGAGACGCGGGGCCACUGGCGCGGUGUCUUCCUGAUAGUGCACACACUGUUAUCCGGCCUGUGUAAAGACGGAUCUAAGGAGAGCACCACUCAUGGAGUGCCAUAGACUUCAACAAAUGAAUGAGCAGAGGCCCCUGACGUAACACAUAACACAGGGGACCUACCCACACGCCCUCUCGAGAAUGAUAGACCCAAUACGAAAACAUCAUGGGCUACACACUGGUGGAAGACACCCCACACCUCCUGGACCGAAAAAGAGUGGGGACACCCUUCACAACUGACUCGGUCGUAAACAUUGCCAGACGCAGAGGUUGUAUGUUUAUUUCCCAAGUUCUCUGUAGAUCCUUGUUACUACCCCUUUCCCUCUCUCCCCCUCGACAUGCAUCCCUAUUGGCCCGCGAACACCGAAAGAACAGAAGGCAAGGGCCUAGAUCUCCUACACCCCUCUCACGGACACCGCUAGUAACCUCACAGCUGUCCCUGCGGCUAGAACCAAGUGAGGAUCAGGUCAUACUAAUCCGCACAAGGGCUAUAACGCGACCCAUUCUUAACCUUAACAACCAAGUUAAGCCCCGAACGUGCUCACGCAGACAAAAAAAAACACGCAUUCACAUGGCACAACCUACAUUUAAGAUUUUCUCCUUGAAUGUCAAAGGCUUAAAUAGUCCACAUAAACGCAGUCCAGCAAUUAGAGAGAUGCACAAAUCCCAAGCUGCAAUAAUUUGUUUCCAGGAGACCCACCUGUGUACCCGCAAACCACCAAAAAUCCACACCAAACGAUACCCCCAAGCCUUUCACGCGUGUUCCCCGAACAAAUCAAAAGAUUCAGAUUGGGUAUUCCAAACUAGUUCACAAUAUGUUGAUAAGGCGAGGUGCCUCCUAAUUCUGGUGGGCACACUGAAUGGUAUUAACAUGAUGAUGGCGUCCCUUUAUGCACCCAAUGACGGACAGGUGCCCUUCCUCCGCAAAGCGCUCAAAAGAAUAGACGCAAUGAAACAAGGCCACGUCAUAAUAGCAGGGCCGGCGCGUCCAUAAGGCGGCACAGGCGGCCGCCUUAGGGCGCACCGGCUCUGGGGGCGCAAAAUUCCAGUGACCGGCAGGAGGGAAGUGCUCCCUCCUGCCAGGUCACCUCCUGGAUCCCCGGCGCGGCGUGCGGCUGAACUGGGUGGCGAGGGAGCUCUGAUCUCUCUGAUCUGCUCCCUCGCAGGCUGUUUACUGAUGACGUCAUAUUCCGGCUCCCGCGGCAUCAGUAAGCAGCCUGCGAGGGAGCAGAUCAGAGAGAUCAGAGCUCCCUCGCCACCUCGGCAUCCAGUUCAGCCGCACGCCUCCCAGCAGCCCCACUGGACCACCAAUGAGAGACCCACGCCAGCUCUCCAGGUAGGGAGGCUGGGUGGGAAAUUUUAAUUUAAUUUAGAUGAUUAAUUACUGUUAGUGUGUGUGUGCAUGUGAGUGAGUGUGUCUGUCAGUCAGUGUGUGUAUGUGUGUCUGUCAGUGUGUGAGUGUGUCUGUCAGUGUGUGAGUGAGUGUGUCUGUCAGAGUGUGUGUAUGUGUGUCUGUCAGUGUGUGUGAGUGUGUGUGUGAGUGUCUGUCUGUCAGUCAGUGUGUGUGUAUGUGUGUCUGUCAGUAUGUGAGUGAGUGUGUCUGUCAGUGUGUGUGUGUGUGUGUAUGUGUGUCUGUCAGUGUGUGUGUGUGUGUAUGUGUGUGUGUGUGUCUGUGUGUGUGUGUGUAUGUAUGUGUGUGUGUGUGUGUGUGGUUCUGUCAGUGUGUGUGUGUGAGUGAGUGUGUCUGUCAGUAUGUGCAUGUGUGCAUGUGAGUACAUGUGUCUGUCAGUGUCUGUGAGUUUGUGUGUGUGUGUUUGUCAAUGAGUCUGUCAGUGUUUGUGUGUCUGUCAAUGAAUGAGUGUCAGAUAAGUGAGUCUGGCUGUCAGAGAUGUCUGUGUGUUUGUCAUUGAGUGUGUGUGACUGUCAGUGUUUCUACACCCCUGACUGUAGCGUGGCCAAGCGGAGUGUACCGUGGUACAGGAACUUCUGUUUCCUGUACCUAGCAGGACUGACAGGAAAAGCUCACUGUACCGGGAUUCGCUCCGCUCAGCCACGCUACAAGAAAGGUAGGAGGCACACCAGGAAGGGGAGGGGACCACUAUGGGGAUGGGUGGCGCACCAAGGGACAUGGAGAAGAGGGGAGAGAUACCCUAAGGUACAGGAAAAGGAGGGAGGGGGGAGAGGAACACUAAGCGACAGGGAACAGAGGGGGGAGGGGAGAGGAACACUAAGGGACAGGGAAAGGAGGGGGGAAGGGAAAGGAACACUGAGGAACAGGGAAAGGAGGAGAGAAGGGAGAGGAACAGUAAGGGUCAGAGAAGGGAGGGGACCAUUAAGGGACAGGGAGAGGGGCUGGAUGUAAAAGAAACACACAGCGGGGCUUGAGAAGGAAAGAGACACACAAAGGAGCUGGGAAGAAUAAAAGACACAAAGAGGAGAGAUAGGAGACACACAAAGGCAAAAAUAGGAGAUAAAAUACACUAAAGGGAGUCAGAUAUUUAAAAGACGGGAUAAGAAACACAAAAGGGAGGUUAAGAGGCACAUGGGCGAAUAUGUUUUUGGGGGGGGGAGGAAAAAUGGAUCUUCGCCUAUGUACCCAAAAUUCUUUGCACCGGCCCUGCAUAAUAGGCGGGGACUUUAAUUGUAGUCUAGACCCCAAGAUGCAUAUGAAACGUGAACAUAACAAAAAUCCCACAGCUACAAACAGCAAACUGUUGACCGCCCUAGCGUUUGAGCAGAUUAACUAGGUAAUGUGCACAUUAACUGAUUUCUCACUUUAACUGUAAUUUAUAUAUAUAUCUGUGUGUGUAUAUAUGUAUAUCUGUGUGUGUAUAUAUGUAUAUGUGUGUGUGUGUAUGUAUAUAUGUGUGUGUGUAUAUAUAUAUAUAUAUAUAUAUAUAUAUAUAUAUAUACAUACAUACAUACAUACAUACAUACAUACAUACAUACAUACAUACAUACAUACAUCUCUAUAGGGAAAGUACAGCGCCUGAAAAGGCAAUGUUUACAUGAAAAUGUCUGCAAGGACUGACAUUACUCACCAGAACAACUAUAGCUUAAUGUAGUUGUUCUGGUGAGUAUAGUGUCCCUUUACCCCAAUUCUCCAUUGGAUCAUAUAGAGCAGAGCGCAUUAUGCAUUCUACCCUCAUAGUAGAUGUUCCUUCAUUUUUCUAGCAGAUUGAACCAGUGCCAGAAGUAUAAAUUGCUGUGUGAUUUGACUGCUGAAGGGGGCAAUAAAUAUAUCUCUCAUGGCAAUGUUGUUGGCUAGUAUAGAAGAUCACACCAUAACUGGCUUCCACAUACACAGCCUUAUCACAUGGAGGAGGGUGCCGGUCUGGACUAUCAGUAGAUAACAUUUGUUAUGGUCAUGAUUGUGCUUAUCUUAACUGUUCAUUGUGUUUAGCAAGACUGUUAUAAAUCAGCUGGAGCUUAGGAAAUAGCAAGCAAAGUGAUUAUUACAUGAUUAAAUCUAUUUAUCUUUUUUUGUCUGUUCCAGCACCUUUUCUCUAGAUAAAUAAAUUUUUUAUAUGUCUUGAGACCUGCAGAUUAUCUAUUUUACUUUUCAUGUAUCUGAUUUACUCUUGUCUUUGUGAAAGUCUGUAAUAAUCAGCUUGAAUAAUAAUCUCAAUCAGUGUCACCAGAAACCCAUUUUUCUUCUUAUGAGGCUUACACAGAAGUUCCAUCAAGUUUGACCUGUACACAAUAUACAGGGAAAAUAACCUGCUUCAGAGAUAUGCCAAUUACCGCAGAUGUCCAAGACUGUGGCUGUCUGUGCUCUGCCAAUGCACUUAUAAUUAUUUAAAGGGAAACUGUCACUUCCCUGGAAUUUACACCAUCUAAUAAAUUAUUGAAAAUCAUAUUUAACUUCUGUUAACCUUAUUCAUGAGAUUUAUUUUACAUUAUUAUUAAAUAUUUAGCAAAUGACAUCAUGAUCCAGUUCAGACAAGGCAAAGCCAGGGCAAACAUUGAAAAUAAAGAGGAGAAAUAAAAAUAUUGUUUCAUGUUUUCCUCUUCUCUAUUCUCUGUGUGCUUUCUUUAUGUUGACUAUCAGAUGCAAAGGACAGAGUUUAUAACAAUAAAUGACUGGGAGCAAAGAUUGAGGCACCCAGUUGCAGGAUAAAGAGAUGUGGAUUUUUACAUUUGAUAUUAUUAAAUGUAAGGAUUUGUAAACAUAACAUUACAAAAUCCUGGAAAGUGACAGUUCACCUUUAAACAGAAAAUUAUGUUUAAUGUUUGCUAGUUUUCAAUCAUGUCAUGAGACUAGAUGUUGUUAUAACUUAAUUAUGCUUAUAUUAUUGAACGUAAAGGGCCACUCCAGACACCAAAACAACUUAAUCUAAAGUAAGUUGUUAUGGUUCCAGGAGGCCUCCAGCGGCACCAUUUUAGAAUAGUCUAACCUAUAAGUUGCCUCCAGCAGCGAUGUCCACCCCCCUGGUGGUAUCUGACUUUUGAAUGUUCACGUACAGGAAGCGGCAUUCUUUGCUUCCUGUAAGUGAAAAUCCAGAAGCCGAAUGCCACCAAGGGAGGAGUGGACAUCGUGGCUGGAGGCAACUUGGUUAAACCGUCCGAGAACGAUUUAAUCCCUUUAGGUAAGAGUGCCUACUGGCACCAUAACAACUUCAUUUUGAUGAGGUUAUUUUGGUUCCUGGAGUGAGUUUUUUUCACAUUCACCAUAUGUCUCUUAUUUAUCAACAAUCUAAAUGUUAAAACUUCAAAAACCCCUUCUAUCUCACUUGAUUUUUUGCAAUUAUUUUGUUUUACUAGUUUUGUAAACACAACCAUCUCUUAGUGUUCAUACUAUAUUUAGCAUUAGAAAUAUUUAUCCAUGUAGAUUUCCUUCACUGCUCUUUUCAAAUGUUUAUUAUAAUCUAAAUAUAUCUGUGUUUCUCUUUAUUUUAGGCAAGAGACACUCAAAGAUCUCUGAUGGGAAAGAACAGCCUUCUAUUCCAGUACAAUUCUAAAAUGAUGUGGCCAAUCCCCCUUUAUGUAUUUAUUAGUUAUUUUAAAAAAGACGUAUACGUAAUAUUCAUAAGAUAAUGUUUGCCUGUGUGAGAGAGAGAUGUAUAUUUCAGGGGUUUUGUGGUAGGGAUGGGAGCAGCAGGGGUAAAUGUUACAUUGAUUUAAGCCCAUUUGCUUGCACACUAAGAAUACAGUGGUAAUAUUUUUUAAAAACUAUAUUAAUAUUUUUAAAGCCAUUACACUUUUCUAAUUUGUAAUACAACAUUAAAUAAUUUUUAAAUGAAUGCACAAUGUAUUGCUUUCAUGUAUGUCUCUCGCCUAAUCGUGUUGGUGAUGUAGUCAAAUGGUAAGAUUAAAUUUAUUUAGGAUUCUAGUUUUUUUUAUUUUAAGUAAUUACCUACAGGAUGUAAUUAGCAUUGUUUUCCUCUUUGCACAUUUGUAUAAUUUAUUAACAUUACAAACAAAAACCAUUGUAUUUUGACCUUUAUUGACAUUUACCAGUUCAAUCUUGGCACACCAGUCUCAUAUCCUGAACAGUAGAGCAGGCGGGUAUCAAGGUCAAUAAUAUUACAUUCAAAAUAUAGUUUUCUGCAUUUUAUUCUAGAUUCCUAUUACUGCUUCUGUUUUUAUAUGCUACCUUAGUUCAUCAUCAUGCUUUAUUUCCAGAUGUCUGUCUAUCCGUCUUAGCUUACUUUAUAUGCCUCCCUCAUAGUGCUUCAUAAUAUCAGUACGGUAAAAGGUCAUCUCCCCCUCCAUUACCUGGUAUGUUAAACAUGUCUUAUUCCCCUCCAUUGCCCAGCAUCCUUCUCCAUUAACAAGCACGGUGACGGGUUAUCUCCCUCUCCAUUAUAUGCUAAAUGAAUACCCGCAUUCCUAUUAUCAAUAUAUAAAAGAAGUUUAUUACAUUAUCAGUGUAUAUAUAUAAAAAAUAAUCCAAGUAAUCUAUAUACACCAGCAGUAGUACAAUUUAUAAAUCAGAAAUCAAUAUACAUAUAAUGCAUUCAACUACAUAGUAUCAACAAUAAUCAGCAGAUUUUAAAAUAAAUGAUCGAAGCGUAUACCGGUGAUUAUACUACUUAAGGGAGUGGUUUAGAUACCUUGAGCACCUUUGCUUUACAUACAUGCUGUACAAUAAUUGGUUACCUCUACACGCCUGAACGCUUACAUCACCUCCUGCUUUACCUGUUAUGGGACAGGCCCUCUCCUAUUUCUUUACUUGUUAUGGGACAGGCCAUCUCCUUCUCCUUUACCGGUUAUGGGACAGGCCAUCUCCUCCUCCAUUAUCCAGGAUGGUGACAGGCCAUUACCCAAAAGGCCCAGGAUGGUGACAGGCCAACACACCUCCAUUACGCUGCAUGGGGACAAGCCGUUUCCCUGUCCAUUACCACAGAAAAUGACAGGCCAUCUCAGGCUAUUUCCCCUUCCAUUGAUGCAUGACUGGUGAUUCUAUUUAGGUUUGCAUUCAAGAAGACCACAUGAUCAUAGGGCUAUUUGCUAAAUACUGUGGCUUAAAUUAAUGUUGGUUUUGCAUUCAUGUCCUGCUUUGUUGAGGUUAAACAAAAAAUAGGGCCGCACUCAGUCACAAUAUACCAAUACAGGGUGCUACUGAGCAAGGGUCAGCAAGCUCCAAGAAAUACAUAGUAAAGAAAAAAAUCUCAGGCACUUGGUUCCAGGCAGAUUUAUUACAACGUUUUGACCUGAACAGGUCUUUAACUUGAUAAAGACCUGUUCAGGUGGAAACGUUAUAAUAAAUCUGCCUGGAACCAAGUACAGUGAGUGCCUGAGAUUUUCUGCUUUGUUGAGGUAGUCCUACUGAAUAUUCACACCCUCCACAUAGUGCCCUUGUUACACUUUUUAAAAAAGUGGCUACUAGAUAUGGAGGUACCAGCCACAAAGUUUGAAGAUGACUGUUCCAAAAUUAGCACUUUGAUUUAUACUUGCUUCUGCUUUGUCUUCAUAAAAAGUGCCCUGAAUAUUCUGAACCCAUACUGACCAAAAGCAAAGCACGGUAAACAGAAGAAUAGAGGAUCUUUCUGAGUGUGGAAACAGAUAAGAAAAGCAACGGGGAAUAAGAAAGGUCAAUUGUCCCCCUCGACCACUCAUACAGGAGUUGUGGGAUACAGUCUCACUAGCAAACAAGGAAUGUGGACUGAAUCUCCAUUUCUCUGUGGAUUAAAAGUGCAUUCGGCGGUUCAUUGGUACAAUAAUGCAGGAGUGAGACAGAACGAAUUUGCAGCAGGCCCUUGGUGGCCAAGCACUACGAGUGGGCUGGUGGCCUGUAAUCUUAACAUACUUCGGGCCUGAACUGGCUCACUAGGAUAUGCUGCAGUACCCUGCAUUAUUUGGGGUUGAUCAAGCUGCCAAACAAUGGUGAGUAUGUAUAGUAUGAAUGCAGUAUGAAAUGAGACCGUGCACAUGACAUACAUUAUCCAUGCCAGUGGUCAUUGGUGGCAGUGUAGUUGUAGGGCUCUUUGAUUUGACAUAUAUUAGGAAUGCACAAAUCUCUUUAUUUGCUGCAUAUGUCAUACUAAUAAAUGUUGCAGGUAUAUGGUAUUACACCUCACUCCAACUCCAGCAGCCUCCAUCUGUCAAACACAUAUAUAGCAUGAUUUAGCGGAGUAUGGCUAUUCACAUCGAUCUGUAAGUUUUAUUUAAAAACAAAACAGAGAGUAAGCGCUAGCUAAUAUGAGGGCAGCAACCCUAUAAGGGAAUCCCUCAGGAACCCUUAAAAAUAACGCAGAGAGAGAGAAAGAAUAAAAGAUAAGGGCUGCGCCAAUGCAAAAUAAAAUAGCAAAUAGUCCAAAUAAAUGAAUGUAGUAAAACAAGAAAGUCUUAUCUAGACUAUGCUCUUUGAGGUC